CAUGACACUAAGCAGCAUUCAUUUCAGACCCGGGGAAGUGGUGGUGGCUGGAAGAGCUGCAGGUUAGACUGAGCAGCAGUAAGAGGGCACACUCGUGGUGUCUGGUGUAUUGAUGGCUGCAUCCUGGAGCUGCUGGGCUCUUCUGCUUGUCAGCAGUGGCAUCACACAUGCUUUGGAUGGGGGCAUGCUGUACCCCAGGGAUACCCCUACCAGGGAAAUGAAGGAGCUCAAUGGGAUCUGGAGUUUCAGGGCUGAUAAGUCACUACAGAGGGAUGAAGGGUUCCAGAAGCAGUGGUACAAGAGGCCCCUCAGAGAGGUAAUGAAGCCUGGCAUGCAGUUAGUGAUGUAUGUUUUGGAUCAAUAGCAAAAAACUUAUGUGAGGAAGGCUGAACUUGAUGGACGGCAAGUCUCUUUUCAGCUCUGUAACUAUGUUUAUUGUACAGUUUGUUGUUGGGCAUGUGGCAACUGAUUACAUCACGUUGAAUUACACUUUUUUCUUGUUCCCACAUAAUAAAGUAAUUUUCAUUGCUAUGGAUACUAGUGCCAAUGUCAGUGCUGAUAAGAAUCCUAUAUGAUUAUAGUAUUCACAGAAACUGACUACCAAUGGUAGAGCCACUGUUGUAAACUAACUUGUCUCCUUCUCCUUCCUUUAAAUCAUUAGAAAAUACCUAGAUUUAUUGUUGAUUGCCUAGGCUUGCACAGAGUGCAAAGGUGAAUUGUCAUCACUGUCCCAAUACAUAUUCUCUCAAUAAUAUAUUAUCACUGUGCCAAUUAUAUGUUGUUACCUGCACAUUUAUUUUCAAUUUUGUUGCUCGUGAUAUAUAUGAAAUAUAGAUUGUGAAAACCUUUGCACCACUUCAGAAUUGGUAUUGUAGGCCUCGUUUUUGUUUAUUUAAGAACACUCCAGUAUUCUACAUAAAUACCUAUUUUUAAAGGCACAUUCCAAGCACCAUAACCACUACCACAUGCUGUGGUGGUUAUGGUGCCCAGAGCACCCUCCCAACAUUUCAAAUGGACAAAGAGGGGAACUUUAAUUUUAGGAGUGUGGUAGAGGCAUGGCUGUUCUAGGAUUUUUUUUUUAAUUUAUUUUUUUUGAUUGCUCAUUAACAAUUUAUGAAAUUAAAAUGCAAUUUAGAACAAUGUAUCUUAUUUAGACAAACUGCUUUCUAAACACAUUUAUUGUAGUUGAAAGACAUAUUACUGUGGAGUUCUGUAUACAUACCAACAAUGUGGAGCUACUAGAAAAGAGGGACAUCAGGGUAGAAAAGAGUGACAUAGGGAAACUGCUAUGUUUCACUGAGCUGUAAUCCAUCCUCUAGUAGCUGUCUCACUGAAAAUCACAGUGAGAAGACGCUGGACGUCCAUAGGAAAGCAUUGAGUAAUGCUUUCCUAUGGGCGGUUUGAAUGCGUGCGCGGCUAUUGCAAGGGAGCACGAAGAUCCUCCUGUUCAGCUCCCUUGCGCGCCGCUUACUGAUGCCGGAACCGGAAUGAUGUCAUAUUCCGGCUCCGUCAUCACUGGGGUGCGCGUGAGGGAGCUAAACAGAGAGCGCUCUGGGGAGAAUGCUCCCUCGCGUGCGUGUGUGCGCCCGCCGACACCAGGGCCAGGUUCAGGGGGCCCGGAGAUGGCCAGCUCCUGGGCCCCCAGGAGAAGAGGCUGGCAAACUGGCGUACAUACCCGGUCGCAGCUGCGACCCCAUGCGACCGAGGUAUGUACGUCAGUGGAUGUAGUCCACAUCUGGAGUGCUGAAGGCUGCCCACCCUUGAUUUGGUGCAUUGUAUAGAGAUAAUGCAUUAACAUAUGCAAAACAACCAAUCUGAAAGAUAAAACAAACAAACAAACAAAAAAAAUAUGUUUCAAAUUUCCUCUUUUUUUUUUUUUUUUUUUUUAGUGCAAUCCAAGAAUCUAGUUUUUGGAUUUUUUUUUUUUAUAGGAAAACUGUCCUAUUUUAUUCUUCAAAUAAAUGAAAUGUAGAAUAACCUUGUUGCGUGCUAUAUAUGUUCAUAACAUUUUCAGGUUCUCCUAGCUUACCUUUACUUAUGUUAGACUCAACAAAUGUUCGUAGACCCUCUUGAACAGCAACAGUCUUGAACGUUCCCUAGUUAAAGGGACACUCCAGUGCCAGGAGAACAAACAGUUUUCCUGGGACUGCAGGUACCCUCUCCCUCCCACCACCUAUACCUCUAGAGGAGGAGUUAACCCUGCAAUGUAAUUAUUGCAGUUUAUGAAAACUGCAAUAUUUACAGCUGCAGGGUUAAGGGUAGUGGGAGUUGGCACCCAGACCACUCCAAUGGGCAGAAGUGGUCUGGGUGCCUGGAGUGUCCCUUUAAGAAAGCCGAUUGACCAAUCAUGAGCUUCUCAUUUAGUCUAUGUAGUUUGAACUAUUGAACAUGUUUAACCCAUCACUGAAAGUUACUGUACCGCCAAAAUAUAGUGUGGGGUAUUUUGUAUUGUGUUAGUCUAUGGAACUUGUCCUCUAGUUGGGACUUGUACAUUGUACAGCGCUGCGAAAUUUGUUGGCCCUUUAUAAAUAAUAAUACAUGCUUUUCAGAUGGCUUUGUUAUUUGACAGGAAUAUUGGAUAUAAAGAUGCCUAGAAAUGUGUACUUUAACAUUUCUCCACUAGAUGUCAUUGUGAUGUAGAUUUAUGUAGUUCUGAGGUAUUAAAGUGGCACUGUCAUGCUGAACUUUCCUUUGCUCACUGUUGUAAAAAACAACCCCCACUGCUUUAAUAAAGUGCACUAUAAAAAUAAUUAGGGGUGUUUCUCUUGGUGCACGAGUGGGGGACACUAAAUUAAACGGGGGUGUUUGUGGGACAAUAGGUCCUGUCGCAUUGUAACUUAAGGCGGCUGGGGCCCCCCAUUGUAACUUAAGGUCCCCCACUCGCCGCUCAUCGGGGGCGGAACAGUAGGUUCCUCCUCCCCGCCUCCAUUGUAACUUGGGGCCCCCACCCGCCGCUCAUGGGUGGGGGCUGAGGGAGGACACUAGGUCCCCUGUUUAGUUUAAUGGCCCCCACUCUUGGUGCUCGGGGGUACACUUUGCUCCUCCCGUUAAUUCUUUUUAUAGGUGCCCACAAAGGGGCACUUUACUAAAGUAGGGGGGAUGGUGGGUUACACUGGCUGCUCACUGUUUAGUAGACAUGCCCUUACUCACGGUAUAGCGAGUAGGUGCAGAUUUAUUACUAAUACUAAGUAGUUUUGCCUGCAUUCGAACGGCGAAUAAAGCAGCCGAGGGACGGUGAGAAUUCUGAGAAGAUUCCUUUGACCACAGGAAAUGGAGCGGCCUUUGCUCCUCCCCUGGGUCGAAGCUGGCCGAGCGUAGGAAAAAUACAUAAGACAAAAUAGUCCCUACUUUGUCUUAUGUUUUUUUUUUUUAUUUAUUUAAAAUGCAAUAUUAAAAUAUAUUAUAGCCAUUAUAUAUAUUUAUUUUAUUUUUUAUUGCAUAUAUUUAACAAAAAAUUCAUCUCUCCAGUCCAUAUCGUGGCUUAGUAUUGCUCUAUAGGAGGCAUCUUAAAAAGGGAAUUCACAUCAAAAUCAAGCUCAGUCACUGCACAUAUUGCAAAUGAGUAGGCCUUAGAAACCAUGCAGGAUUUUUAUUAAAGUGCCUUUUAUUUUAAUCUCUAAUUGGUAUGUGAUUUUGUAAAGUGUCAGCUUUUUUUCUGCAUAGAGCAAAAAACAAGGUGCAAGAGAAUACUGAGAACAGUACAAGAAGCUUGCCCUUCGGUGGGUCCUAACUCUUGACAGUGAGGUAUAGCCAGUGGUGGAACUAAUGUUGAGAGGACCAUGGUGUCAGGAUUACAGAAUGAUCCAGCACGUAGAAUUGUGUAACACAGAGGACUGAUAGGUAACUUAUAUCGGACCUUAGAAUGGGCGAACUAACGUACCAAAGAAUAGUCCGGAAUAGCCGAGGUCAAGGGAUACAGAAAGAGACACAAUGAUAAGGAAAAGCCAGGAGUCAGGGAUGCCAGAAAACAGGGAAGUCAAAAUGAAUGCCAAAGUCAAAUAACCAGAAUUUAUAACGCGCUCUCCGACAACCACAAGGGAAACCACGACAGGGCACUGAGCAGGAUAAGAAUUCCAUUAAUCACAUUUUUAUAAGCGGAUGAAUACAUGACACAUGGUGCAAGAAUUUUUUUUUUUGGGGGGGGGGGGCCCCCUCUAGCGCAAGAGUGGCCAAAAGGUAGAUCUCCAUUUUGUACAAUUCUCUCCUUACCAUUUGUCCAUCCUUGCUGGGUUCUAUUUGUGAGCAGUGUUGGUGCAUUUGAAUAAAGUAUGUUUUGUGCAUGUAGGGGUUUAUUUGUAUGUUCUGUUUUCAUUCCAAUGCAGUCAUUUACUUGUGUGUGGUGUUUGUGUUGGAAUGCAGGUAUGCAUUUGUAUGUAGUCUUGACUUUUAAUUGCAGGUAAUUGCUUUUGUGUGUAGUAUUGGUGUUUAAAGGGGUGUAAUGUAAGGUUUGUGUUUCACUGCAGGAGUGUUUUUGCAUGCUGUAUUGGUGUAUGCGCGCACACACACACACACACACAUACAUGCAUGCACUGCCAAAAACAUACUUACACUGAUAUACAUACAUAUUAAUUCACAAAUACACACAGAUACACAAGCACACACUACCAUAUACAAUCAAACACAUACACACUCUGACAUAUACAAUUACACUCAGAUACACACUUUGACACUAACAUAUACAUACACAGACUGCCACAUAUACACAGAAUGCCAUAUACACACACUGAUAGUGUUGGGAGUCUGGGAUCUAGAGCAACUGUCUUGAUUCUCUUCCGCCCCCCUCCUCCCUCACCAUGCUGCUUGUGUUGCCACUGCAUUCCCACAUGGGCUCUCCAUUUAUAACUGGGAGGUAGUUAUCGUCUGUCACUUUCUCCUGGCAUUGACAAUACUACAGGGGCUUGCUCGUUCUUACAGGGCCACGGUGCUUAAACAGGCUCCUGUUCAGCUAUACCCAUCAGGUGGCCCUAAGUGCAUGGACAACCAAUGGGUCCCCACAGCAUGAGGGGUCCUGGUGCAGCAGCACCAGUGGUGGUUCCACUGCUGGGUAUAGCCAAUAUCUCUCUAGGCUCCAGGUUCAUGUCUGGAUCACCAUUUAAACUUUAGGAGAGCUCUUCUAGCUUUCUUUAGGAAGUGACAAGUGCACCUGACUUCCCCCUUGCAUCACUCAUACCAGUAUGCUGCUUGGGCACACUGGUGCACGAAGUUAGCUUUUCAGAGGCUUCUCGUUGAGAAGCCUUUGAUUUGCUAUUUCCCGUGAAGUCUCUACGGGGGAAAGGGGGAGGGCUUGCAAAGGCUGCGGUUCAUAAGAACUGCAGUUUUUUUUGUUUUUUGUUUUUAAAGUACACUCCAAAUGAAUACAUGCAUGUAUUUGUUAGGGGUAUAUCUACUAAACAGUGCUUUUUCUUUCUAUCUAUUUUUCUAAUAUGGGCAGUGGAGUGUUCCUUUUAAUAAAUUGCAUCAAAAAGGUCAUUGAUCUUGAUGAUCUCAGCCAAGGAGGUAUACCAGCAGGAAGAGACAGGAGCAGCGAGGGCUAAAUGGUAAAGUAAAUCGCACCCUUUACACCCUUACAUGGGACACUAUAUAGAUAGAUUCAAAUGAGAGUUUGUAUUCCUAAUGCUAUAGUUUUGCUUUAAUUUCUUCUCUCUAUGCUUUCUCUAUUCCGAUUGCCAAGUGCAGUGAUUUGACAGGAAGCCAAGAUGGAGGCACCCAGUUGCAGAUUUUAGAACAAUGGUGACAGGGAGCCAAAAGGAAACUACUCCCUUGCAAAAUAGAGGUGUGGAUUUCUACAUUUAAUUUUAUUUUUCACACUUCCUCAAUACAUAUUUGUUAAAUAUAAGGGAUAGGCUACCAUAAUGGUUGAUGAUCCUGGGAAGGAACUGGGUCACUUUAAGCCCUCUUUGAUCAGAAGCACAGCUUGCCUGAACCAAACACUACAGAGAAAGUCAAGCCUCCAGUGAAGGUUUAUGAAUCCUGAAAUGUUGAUGCGUUAGAAUAGGGGAACUCAAAAAUGAAUUCUGGAAGCAUUUCAGACCUUCGGAUUGUGCAUGGUCUUAAAUGGUUUUUUUUUUUACCAAAGCGAGCUAAAGAUCACUGCAUUCUUGAAAAAAAUAUGAAUUAUGAGAAAAGAGUAAUGAACUUUUAAAAGAACACACAACACGGCUGUUUUUAAAUGUCUGGUUUUAUUUUUAAGACCUAAUAUACCUUGAGUUUUUCAAAAAUAAAAGGUGUGUUUUGCUGAGAACACAUCACAAUUUCCAUGGUGUAUAUAUUUUUUUUUUUUUUUUUUGUAUUGAAAACAAUACUAAUUUUAUAAAGGCACACCUUUUUGACAGCUAUAAAAUAUAAUUGUAUUAGGAGUAUGGUAGCACAAUGCUUUGUGUCUGCUUCUGAGAAAUGAGAUCUUGAAAUGAAAGGGACACUAUAGGCAACCAGACCAUUUCUGCCCAUUGGAGUGGUCUGGGUGCCAACUCGCACCACCCUUAACUCUGCAAGUGUAAUUAUUGCAGUUUUUAUAAACUGCAAUAAUUACCUUGCAGGGUUAAGUCCUCCUCUAGUGGCUAUCUAUCAGACAGCCAAUAGAGGGAGUUCCGUGUUCUUAGAACACGAAAAGUGUUUUAAACGACGCUGGACGUACUCACGCUAUGCAUGAGGACCUCCAGCGUCGCCGGAAUCCCCAAAGGAAAGCAUUGAAUAAUGCUUUCCUAUGGGGAGGUCUAAUGUGCGCGCGGCCACGCAUGCGCAUUAGGUCUCCACCACUGGCUGACGUAGGUGGGGUAGGAGCGUGGGCGGAGCCUGUCCAGGGCCGAGGGACAUCAGCACUGGAUUCAGGUAACCCUUCAGCAACAUGGGAUAGGAGGCGGGAGGGAGAGGGGCACUGCAGGGUCCUACAGUGCCAGGAAAACUGAUUUGUUUUCCUGACACUGGAGGGUCCUUUUAACUGUAAUGUUUUCAUUGCAAUGUUAAAACGGUCUCUAGGGGCUCUUCUUGCUGUUUCAUCGAGUUUAACUCUGUGAACAGACGCUUGAUGUCUUCACGUUUUGCAUGAGGACGUCCAGCGUUUUCUAAUGUCCUAAUGCAGGGCCGGACUGGCCUACUGGGAUACCGAGAGAUUUCCUGGUAGGCCGCCGUGUGCUGUGAUCAGCCUCAAGACAGUCUGCGCUCCCGUAUGCCGCAGCCAAUCGCGUGCUUUUGUGACCAGCCAAGGCCUCAAGAGCAUAAAAUAUUUGUCCAUGUAUGAUGUCAUACCUGGCGGUGGCACUUUAGUGCGCGGAGUGGCUGGCUAUCUGCAGAUUAGUCCAGCCACUCACUCCUCCUUCCCUCCUGCUCGCAGUACCUGCUUGAGCAGAGAAGAGAUUGUGCAGGCCAGACUGGAACUGGUGGACAGCUCUUAUUGAGGUGGGGGGGGGGGAGCAGUGUAUUAAAUUGUGGGGAGGGGGGGCAGUGUAUUAAAUUGGGGGAAGGGGGAUAGUGUAUUCAAUUGUAUGCUAUUGGGUUGUAUGCAAUUAUUUCCAGGGCUGGUUUUCAUUCCCAGUCCGGCCCUGGCCUAAUGCUUGUAUGGCACUUGCUGCACUUGCACAUUAAGUUUUCCCCCUUGCGAGACAUAGAUGACACAGAUGAGCCUUGGCACUGGAAUAAGGUGAGUGUGUAAAGUGUUUGUUGUUUUUUUUGGUUUUUUGGUUUUUGUUUUUUUGUUUUUGUUUUUUUACCUUUCAUUGCUGCAAGAGGGUUGCCACAGAGGAAGAGGGACACUAUAGUGUUAGGAAUGCAGCUUUGUAUUCCUAACACUAUAGUGUUCAUUCAAAGGAACACUAUGGGUCAGGAACACAAACGUGUAUUUCUGGCCCUGUAGUGUAAAAAAACACGAUCUUGCCCUCCCUAAAUAUAGUAUAAUCUUACCUUUUGUUCCAGUCUGGUGUUACUGGCUCUACCCACUUUUGUCUGCCUGCUUGGCUGACAAAAGUGUUGAACUGAUCCAAUCACAAUGCUUUCACAUAGGAUUGGCUGAGUCUGUCAAGGAGGCAGACUAGGGGCAGAGCCAGCAUGAUUCAAACACAGCCCUGGCCAAUCAGCAUCUCCUUAUAGAGAUGAAUUGAAUCAAUGAAUCUCUAUGAGGAAAGUUCAGUGUCUGCAUGCAGAGAGGGUGGAGACACUGAUUGGCAGUACUGCACUGUGCAGCACUGCCCCAGGAAGCAUCUCUAGUGGCAGUCUGAGAAGUGGCCAGUUCAGUUAUCACUAGGUUGUAAUGUAAACCCUGCUGUAGUUGUUCUGGUGAUUAUAGUGUCCCUUUAAGUGACAGUUGGGUAUUUACAAUGUAUUAUGUUAGAAAAGUUUAUUUAAUGUACUCUGAAAGUGAGAGUAAAGGUUUAAAAAGGAAGCUAUUCAAAAAAAGGGUAAGAAAACGGAUUUUUGCUUCAUACAGAAUCACUUCUAGAGGGAAAAGCAGGAAACAAAUCAUGCUUCCUGUUAUAGUUUCUUCCUUUUCCUUUAGUCCCAGUUUACUACAGAAGUGGCUAGUCAGACUAAUGACUUCCGUGUACUUUGCUGUGUAAGCAUUUAUGGACCAUAACUGAGCAUUUGAGUAAAAGCAACAUAGUUUUAGCCACAGUUUUGUUAACAUGACAUAGGGAGACUUUGCUGAUGACAUUGCAUUUCCUACAUUAUUAGGAUGAUUAUCUACUUAUCAAGCGCUAACAAAUAUAUGUAGCACUGGAUUCAUUUAAGACACACAGUAGAUUGUGUGAGCCUUCAUUCGUUGCUGGGAUCAAAUUCAAUUAGUAGAAGGAUGCAAUGGCUUCUCCCUUCUCUAGACAUUUUUUUUUGUUUGUUUUCCCCCUGAUCAUGAGAUUACUAGUGAUUCAGAUAUUUAUUUAUGUUUUUUACACCAUGAACAUAUAUUUCAUUAUUAUAUAUAAUAUGUGUGUAUGUGUGUGUGUGUGUGUGUAUGUAUGUGUGUAUAUAUAUAUAUAUAUAUAUACAUAUAUAUAUAUAUAUAUAUAUAUAUAUAUAUAUAUUAAAAAAAAAAAUUUAAUGGUACUUUAAAUCCGUUCAAAUUGAAGAUAUCUUUUAAUUUAUUGUAUUCUCAUUCAAUACUUUAAUUUUAACAUUUAAUGGAGAUUUUUUUUUUCUUCUUCUUCUUACAGACUGGUCCUGUGAUAGAUAUGCCCGUGCCAGCCAGUUAUAAUGAUAUCACUCAAGACAUCACCUUAAGAGACUUUGUUGGGUGGGUUUGGUAUGAGAAAGAUGUUAUUUUCCCAAGUCGGUGGGUAGAAGACAAAUCAUCGUCAAGAAUUGUGCUUCGCAUUGGCAGUGCCCACUAUUUCUCCAUAGUUGUAAGUAACAUACCAUAGUUGUAAGUGUAUAUCUUGUGUUGGAGGAAGGCUUGGUAAGGGCACAGAUAUAUAGCAGAAGUUGAGUGAGGAGGGGCAGGGAGGAGCAAUUUAUGGUGGAUUUUGUACACUACGGUAAGACUGUUAACGAUAGACCGCUGGUGUUUUGAAAGCCAAUUGAGUUUUUGCAGGAGAGCUUGGGAAUGAGCAGAGAAGAAAACAGGCAGCAGUAUUUGAAAUACAGACGGCAGCAUAUGGACUUGAUAUUGUGGAAUAAUAGAAUUGAUGAAGUGAAAUAAGCUCAUUUGGGCUUCCUCUUAACUUACUGUUACCAUGUGAAAAUGUGUUUUGUUAGAACUUAAUUGUCAUGUUUUGCCUGUUGUACAAUGCUUUGGAAUAUGCUGACACUAUAUAAACAAUUGUAAUUGAGGUGUAAAGGUCAGGUGUCCCAAUACUUUUGUACUUUUGUCCAUAUACAGUAUAUCACAAACAUGAGUACACACCUCACAUUUUUGUAAAUAUUUUAUUAUAUAUUUUCAUGUGACAACACUGAAGAAAUGACACUCUGCUACAAUGUAAAGUAGUAAGCGUACAGCCCGUAAAACAGUGUAAAUUUGCUGUCCCCUCAAAAUAACUCAACACCCAGCCAUUAAUGUCUAAAUCGUUGGCAACAAAAGUGAGUACACCCCUAAGUGGAAAUGCGUGGGCGUUACUUCAGACGCUGGCCGCUGCGGUUCUGUUUUAAAUAGGGAAAUAGCCUUUGCCCAUAUCAAAGAUUGAGCUUACGUGCGUGUGACGUCACAUCAUAGACGUGUACGCACAUUUUGGGGUCAAAGGCCAAUUGCAGCUUUCGGAGGGUUAUUUUACCUUUUAAACAGUGCCCUGUCGUGGUUUUACUUAGCUGGUUAUCCGAGAGAGUGUUCCUGAUCUUGAUUUUCUGGUAUUUGACUUUAGCUUCGUUUGACUUCCCUGAUUUCUGGUAUCCUUGACUCCCUCAUCGUUGUGUCUCGCUCUGUAUCCCUGACCUCAAGUAUUUUGACUAUUAUUGGAUACGUUAAGUCUGGCCAUUCUAAGGUCCGGUUAUAUGUUAUCCUUAGUUCUAGGGGUGUACUCUCUUUUGUUGACAACGGUUUAGACAUUAAUGGCUGUGUGUUGAGUUAUUUUGGGGGAGAUAGCAAAUUUACACUGCUAUACAGGCUGUACACUUACUACUUUACAUUGUAGCAGAGUGUCAUUUCUUCUGUGUUGUCACAUGAAAAGAUAUAAUAAAAUAUUUAAAAAAAUGUGAGGGGUGUACUCACUUUUGUGAGAUAUUGUGGUGUGUGUGUGUAUAUAUGUAUGUGUAUAUAUGUGUGUGUGUGUGUGUGUGUGUGUGUAUAUAUAUAUAUAUAUAUAUAUAUAUAUAUAUAUAUAGUGUGUGUGUUUUCUUUUUGUAGCACACAGAUAUUAGAUGCUAAUUUCUGCAUAAAUUCUCAAUAAAAUUGUUGUUUGCAGUGGGUUAAUGGAGUCCUGGUGACACAGCAUGAAGGUGGUCAUCUGCCAUUUGAAGCCAAUAUAACCAGUCUUUUGAAAAGCAGUGCUGAUUCUUCCUGCCGGAUCACAAUAGCUGUCAACAACACAUUAACACCACAUACUUUACCACCAGGGUCCAUCCAGUUUAUGUCAGACUCUUCUAUGUAAGUACUGCUGCUUACGAUAUGUGUAUUUGUGAAUAAUAUAUGUUUUGUAAUUCCAAACAAAAAGCUGAGACGGUCUGAAUCUUCCUUCACUUUACUUACGCAGCUAGGCUGGCUCAGAUACAAGCAUGGCCUGGUCCAUUAGGACCAAAUACCGUGUUGAUUUUAAAUUUGACCUCAUGGUACCUGACCUCCCUCGGUUUUUAAUUUGGCUCCCCACAUAGUCUGUGGCCAUGCCCAGAGUGAGAUGCAUGACAUUGCUCUUGGGGAUCUUGGAACCACUCUAUAUUCCUUGACAUUGUGUCAUUCUCUAAUGGCUCUAUUUCACGUAAUACAUCUUUUUCCCUGGGGGUGGGAUUUACUGGUAUGAAGAUCUGCAUGAACUUUAUGAGGUUAUCGGCCUUUACUCCCUUCAGACUUGGAUGUUCCUUAGCCCUCAGGACCACUUCCAUUCUGUAGCCUUUCUAGUAAACCAGAGGUUGCAUAGACUUCCCCACAAACAGAAUGAGGUUGAGUAACUUGUGUCUCAAGAGGAGCUAUGAAAGGGGACUAUUUGUUUCUCUUGUUCAAGUGAAGCACUAUGAUAUAGUCCUACCUGGAUGGAGAUGAAUGGGAAGCACUAGAGGCAGCACUGACUUUGAGCAUCUGGCACUGAAUGUUCCCCAUAGAGAUGCUGAUGGGGUGGGGGUGGGGGGAGGGUUUGGAGGACUCAAAGAGUCAUGGAGCAAUACUGAUCCCUUCUGUGUACAUUUUUCCUCCAUAAAAUUAAUUUAUUUAUUACUGCCAGUUAUAUAACCCCAACGUAGCGCUUUACAAUAUUAAAGAAGGGGGAGAUUUUAACAAUAAAUGAGACAAUUACAAAAACUUACAGGAACAAUAGGUUGAAGAGAACCCUGCUUAAACAAGCAUACAGUCUAGAGGAGGUGGGGGUAUCAAACAAUAGUACAGGAAAUGGCAAUACAGAAGGUGGAAGUAACAGAGCUGGAGGAGAGAGUAGAGUGCUGCCCUUUAAGAGAGAGCAAAGGAGCUUAUUCUGAGAGGCCAUAGGCUUUCCUAAAGAGAUGAGUUUUAAGGCUAGGGGAUAGUCUGAUGGUGGUAGGCAGGCAGGGCCGGACUGGGGACACAAAGUAGCCCUAGAAAAAAAAAAAUCUAUGCCAGCCCCAUAAGUCAUUGCACCAAAUAUUGUCACAUGUAAUAUGUAAGGCUGCGGGUGGGUGAGGGAGGGGGGGGGUAUAUAUGUAUAUACACACACACAGCCUAAACAUAGGUUUACUCUGAAAUAUAUUUUAUAUUUCUUUUUCUAAUAUAAAAUAUUGGUCCUUUCAGAGUAAAACCUUUAAUUAUACAGUAAGCAUACUCCCAUACAGACACACACAAGCUCAUUGAUACACAGCCUGAUAGACAAACAAUCUCACUGAAUAUAUAUAUAUAUAUAUAUAUUUUUACUCAUUGACCUAAAAACACAAGCUCACAGAUGCACACAAAUAGGCUCACUGACAGACAAGCUUAUUGGUAUACACACAAACAUAGUACAGAAACUCUGACACGCACAAGCUUACUACAGACAAGCUCACUGUCACGCACACAUAAACAUGCUCACUGACACACACAUGCUCUCACACGUGCCUACUGAUGCACACAUGCUUCCUACAGACAAGCUCACUGACACUCACAAGCUCACUGACACACAAAUGCUCACAACAGACAAGCUCACUGACACACAAAUGCUCACUACAGACCAGUUCACUGACACAUACAAGCUUACUCACUAGCAGGCACACACACACAAGCUUGCUCACUAGCAGGCACACACACACAAGCUCGCUCACUAGCAGGCGCACACACAAAGCUCACUCACUAGCAGGCGCGCACACACACUCUCACACGAGUUCACUCACUAGCAGGCGCACACACACGAGUUCACUCACUAGCAGGUGCGCACACACACUCUCACACAAGCUCACUCACUAGCAGGCGCACACACACGAGUUCACUCACUAGCAGGCGCGCACACACACACUCUCACACAUGCUCACUCACUAGCAGGUACACACUGUAAUAAUUCUGAGCAGGUCAGACUUAUGCCGGGGUUGACUUCGGGUAGUUUAUUUGAGUUAUUCGACAUGGUUUAGACAAAGGUAUGAAAAGAAUAACCGGAUAAAAAGAGAACAGGAAUAAUACAGAUAAAGGGAGAAAGCAGAACCUAGAAACAGAAUUACAGGUAAGUAUGAUGGAGUAGUAAUAGAAGUUUAGGCAAUCUACCCCAAAGCAAACCUACAGGAGACAAGGAAACCUAUCAGUGAAAUAAUGGGUAACAAGUAAACCUAAUAUUAGCAGACAGUAAUAAACAGCAUAAUAAAGGAUAAUGGAAUUCAGUUGGUUCUAAGUUAAGGUGAACAGUCUCUUUAGUUUGGAGGAUUUGUAUAGAAGUUACCAGAUAAGUGGAUCAGGGUUUUCCAGCAGAGUUGCAAUUAAUAGUAUGGUUAGUAAAGUACAGGCAGGUUAGAUCAAAAGCAAAUAAGGAAUAAUAGAAAACAAAGUCCAGUUUGAAUUAAAGCAGGAUGUUUGGAUAAAUCAGGAAGGAUCAAAGGAAACCGGAGUUGAGCAGGUUAUCGGGAAUCAGUUUGAGCCAGGAAUAGAUGACUGGUCUGUAUCAGACCAUAAAAAAAAAAAAAAAUCAUGGAAGAUUAGUCUAUUGUAGUAAUAACUAUGCAACAGUAGGCAUGUAUGCCUUUUAUAUGGACAGAGAAUUAAAGAUGAGAGGUCACAUUAACAUAUAUAACCAAAGUUAAGUUGUUACUUUUGUUACUACUGUUACAAGAACAAGAAUUGAUACACCACGAACUCUUCUUUCUGUAACCCCUUCCCCACAUUAUGUUGACCUUUGUAGCUUUGGAAAUAAUAAUUAACUUUUGAAUGCAAACGCUUCUUUUCCAGGAAGAAAUUGACAGGUGUUGUUUGACAGAGCCCAGUCAACAUACUCUACUUAUUUCUGGGAGUUUGUACGAGAACUGUGACUUCCUUAUAAACCGACUGCAUUUUAUCUAAACUUCUCUAAGUUUGUAAAAUAAAUACUCACUAAAGUGAAUUUCAAAUGUAAGGCCAAUAUAACCAAACUGUAAACAGAACUUGGAGAAUUUUUCUCAAUUGGCUACUUUCCAAAAUUUUUAAAUUCACUUUGUAUUCCUGGCAAUUCCAACUUCUGCAAAUAUAAACCAAAAAGAACCGUUCGUACUGUGUGUGUGUGUGUGUGUGUGUGUGUGUGUGUGUGUGUGUGUGUGUGUGUGUGUAUUUUGCUUUCACUUUCAGUGGAGCACCAGGGCAAUUAAGCAUAUGAUGAUUUGGUGAAAGUGUGCCAUCACAUCCUGUGUUUAUUAUAACUAAGAUAUUCUACAUGGAUUGCCUCUGUGCAGUCUAGUGUCUUUCGGAAAGCAUAAAAUCUUUAUACAAACAUUUAAAAGCAUGAAAUUGUUUAAGGGGACACUUAAAGCAUUUGAGUUUGCUGAAGUGUUUUCUGUAUGAAGAACGUCUUCUAUUUUAAUUUUACAAAAAGUGCAGAUUUCACUAGAAAUUGGCUCUUUUAUAAAUAAACAUUGUUAUCCCCCUCCAGCUGUCAAUCAGACAACCAGACAUGUUACUUCCUGGUUUACUAACAGAAGUGAGAAUUGCCAGGAAUUCAAAGUAAUUACAAAAAUGUAGGCCUAAAUAACCAAAUUUUAAAAAUUCUCCAACUCUGUUCUGUUUACGGCUGGGCUAUUUUGGCUUUACAUUUGAAAUUCCCUUUAAAUUCCCAGCAAUUCUUACUUUAGCGAAUAAUCCUGUAAGAGUAUAUUUCACAAAGUUAGAAAAGUAUGGAUAAAAUGAAGUUGGUUUACAAUUUAGGCACCAGGUGUCUGUGGGUGCAAAUAGUCAAAGAACACAGAAAAGAAAAGGUGUAAAAGAGUGUGGGAAAGGGCUAGUAUUGUGAAACCCUAAUUAUUCUUAAGGCCAUUGAAGUGACCUGUAAAUUACAUAAUCUAGAUAGAAUACUGCUUCCUAGAAAGUUGAAUGGGUAGUCUCUAAUGAAAUAUUGUGAAGAAGCUGUAGCCAUACUGGAAUUGCCAUUUAAAAAUUUCUAUAGCCAAGAUCAAUGUAUAUAUUUUAUGCUGACCUUUCAUGUAAGAUUUAUGGAAAUGCAUGCAUUGAGUGUUACCAAUGAACAAGAAUAAUCCUUUAUACAUUUGUUUAUGCUCGAAAACACAGGUAUCCCAAAGGUUAUUUCGUCCAGAAUAUAGAAUUUGAUUUCUUUAACUACGCUGGCAUUCAUCGUCCUGUGGUUAUGUAUACAACUCCUUCUAUUUAUAUCGAUGACAUCACCGUAAUUACAGACAUUCAAGGAGACAUAGGUAGGUCCCUGUGUGUGGAAGUUAGCACAAACCUGACUUAUACAAUUUGUGACAGGUAAUUAAAGAGGAAAUGGAAAAACAAUCAUACCGUAUCGUUUAAAGGGACUCUUUAAGCAGCCGGAUCAUUUAAUCUCAAUGAAGUGAUAUGUGUUCCAUUCCCCUGUCUUGUGUUUUGUUGGGUUCUUUUUUUUUUUUUUUUUAAUAAAUCUUUAUUUUUUAUAUGAAGCAAUACAUUUAAAGCGGUCUGAGGUCAUAUAGAUUCACAUGUAAAAAAAAAUUUUUACCCAAAAAAAUUCUAAAAUGAGCCAGAAACAUUUGUCAUUACAAACAAUUAUGACAAAUAUGACAAAGCAAUGGACUAUUGAGUUAAACAUUUUGACUUGACAGGUAUCCCUAAGAAACUCCCUAGGAAACAUAAAUGUAUGGGAAAACUCGCCAUUAAAGCAAAAAGGAAAUUACAUUUUUUAUCAAUCCGUAUGAUGCAUAGAGUGGCUAAUGACUUUGGGGAAGAACUUAUGUGCGCCCAUUGGCCCUAAUUAGGUGGCUGCAUAAGCCUGCUACAACGUCCAUGUAACCCAUUCUUGGCAGGUCCUACUCUAGUAACCUAAUGCCUGCUCCUAUAAGAUUGAUCCACUUACUUGGGAAAUGCUUCCUCCUGGUACUCUCUGCAGGUCAAGGUAAAAUAGGUCCCCAAAUGAGGCACCUGUGACGGAGGGGUGCAAAACUGGGGCGAUGGCCUGGAUAUAUACAGUGGAACCUCGGAACUAGAGUGGUCUCUUUCUCAACCAUUCUGAAGUCUAACACAGAUUUGGAGUAAAAAAAAUGUCUCGGUAUGCGAACAAAUCAUGCCACAAACAUGUUCAGUGUUAUAACUUGACAGGAGGCUUCGUAUUUUGCAUUAAACUUUCUUUACUAAACUCCAGCAGCACAGAUUUAACAAUAAAGUUUAGUGAAAAAAAAAUGCAACAGGGUAUAAAAGGCCCCUCCCCCUGUAUCUCUCCCUCUUUCUUUGCUGCUCCAGCCUAGGCACAGGUCAGAGUAAUUUGUUCUCAGCUCAAUUAUCUUAUAUUGUUUUAUGCUGCAUUGAAUUUGAUCAUAAUUGUUUUUAUAUCAUUCCCCUGCUCCCUCUGCAAUCUGUCUUGCCCUCAUUCCCUCAGUCAUUCUCUAUUUUACCCGUUUUUUGUUUUUGUUUUUUUUUACAUCUCCCUGCUGUCUUGACUUCUGCUCUCAGACAGGGACCUGUUCUUUUAGGCUCUCCUGCCAUUUCACUCUUCCCACACUGUCGCGCGUCGUGGCAUUUUCGACACGGUUUUGGCGGUUUCUGGGGUCAGCAGGAGGGGUACUGCGGGUGGGGGAGCGUGGGGCAUUAUAACUGAACCGGCGGGCCGCUACUGUGGCCCAUGCCUGCAAACAUUUUAAAUAGCCAGGUCGUGAUUCCCACGAUCUGGCCUGCUGCGUAUCAGUUUUCUCACACAUCUACUAAACGGGGAAAAUGGAUUCUACAUUUCUGUUCUCUCUGUGUGUAAUGUACAUACUGCCUGCUUAUAAUUGAAUCAGACCUGGUUCUGUAUAUGCAGUAAAUAGAGUGAACUUCAACCUUUUUAAAGGAAUGUAUAUCUAUUUAACUUGAAUACGUUCCAAGAGGAUUACCGAUCAUAGGGGUGACCCUCUCACUACCGGGGUGACACCCCCCCCAUUCAAGCAUGUGCUUCCAUUGGUGUUAUUAACACUACAUUAGCAGGGGUGACCCCUUACUGCUGGGUGUCCCCCAGGCAAGAUAUACACCGACCCUUUCAUGGCACACAGUGCCAUAAUAUCCUUCUUUAUAACAGGUGCCCAAAAUUGCAUAGCAUAUUCUAUAUGUGAUAUUACCAGUGAUUUAUAAAGCAGCAAAAUGACAUUCUCAUCCUGAGAAUGAAUGUCCUUUUUCAUGCAUGACAAUACCGUACUGGCCUUAGCCACUGCUGAUUGACAUUGCACAUUGUUGCAUAGUUUGUCUAUAACAAUGCCGAAGUACUUUUCAUGUGUUGUUAUCCCUAAUUCGCUUCCAUUAAGGGUAUAUGUUUCUUGUGCAUUCUUUACGCCGAAGUUCAUUACUUUGCAUUUUUCAACAUUAAAUUUAAUCUGCCAUUUGAGUGCCCAGUCCUCCAGUCUAUCUUAUCUAAAUCCCUCUGCAGCAAAGUAAUAUCUUGCUCACAUUGUAUUACUUUACAGAGUUUUGUAUCAUCUGCAAACACUGAAACAUGACUUUCAAUGCUUUUCUCAAGAUCAUUUAUAAACAUGUUAAAUAGAAGGGGUCCCAGAACAGAACCCUGAGGGACACCGCUUGCCAUCUCUGUUUAGCAUGAAAAUUUACCAUUAAUGACAACUCUUUGUACUCUAUUUUUAGUACCUACCUAAGAACAAGCAUUUUUAUCUAAACUGAUUUCUUUGAGUUUGAACACUAAUCUUAUGUGUGGAACUGUAUCAAAUGCCUUGGCAAAAUCCAAUGCAAUCAAGUUAGUUUGACAUGACCUGUGCUUCAUUAAAACCUGGCUGAUUUUUGCUGAUAACCAUGUUCUGCUCAAGGAAUUCUGGAAUAUUCUCCUUUUAAUAAUCUUUCAAAUACUUUUCUAGCCACAGAAGUUAAGCUCAUAGGUUAAAUCAUAAGAUUUAAAUAAUAAUGUUGCAGUAACCGCGUCAGUGGGAAAGGCACUCUCUAGAGUUCGCACCAUCCCACCUGAAAACACGGGACAAGUGGUGCCUUCCGGGCCAUCUCCCACAAUAUGGGCGUUUUGACUACGAGAGGAACGUGCACGCCUUCACACAGAAUGCCCUCGUCCGAUCCUCCCGGGUAAAGUAGGUGUCACCCCAGAACUUGAUACCACUAUAGUGGUCUUCAUGGACCGGAUGGGACUAGACCCUUCUAAGGUGAUAGAAAAGGGGCUAAAGGCUACACAGGGUAGACUCCUGGACAUGUUGGAUCCUCUGGCGAAGAACCUAUACUAUGCAGAUCUAGCACUCUCACGCAACACCCCACUGGAUCCAAACCAUAUGCAGGAAUGGGCUCUUUUGAAAAUUAACAAGCUCUUGGAUCUGGGGAAGAGAGAGCUAGGACCAUUGGCAAUGGUUUAUUAUUUAGUGAGCCUUUUAUCACUGAAUUUAAAGCAUGUGAAUCUCUUCACCACACUCAACGAAGCCCAGUCAUCAUUGAGACAAGUGUUUUACUCUAACCCUGGCAGGGGUGUUUUUGGCAGGACCGGUCGGCAGAGAAGCCACGCCACCAGUCGCUUCUGGCACACAGGUCCCAUACACCAAAUACCUCCUCCAUCAUCCUUCUGCAAUAUAUUCGUGGUCAUGAAAAGACAGGGAACUACCGGCCAGUCAUCAAAUUACGUCACCUUAUUGACUUUGUAGUAUAUCGCCAUUUCAAAAUGGAAGGUACUCAUCUGUUACGGGAAUCUCCUAAUGGCCAACGAUUGGGUCACACGUCUAGAUCUGAAGGAUGCCCAUCUCUCGGUGCCCAUGAUGAUAGCGAGCAGAUGCUUCUAAGGGUUCCUCUGGCAGGACCAUCCUUGCCAGUUCACAUACCUACCAUUCGGACUCGGCUCGGCACCAUGGUGCUUCUGAAACCAGUAAUGACUCAACUAUGAUCCCAAGGUAUCCGUUGUCUUGCCUACCUGGACGGCCUAUUGAUAUUUUGUGAUUCCAUCUCCAGACUGCACUCGCAGAUGGAAUUCAUAGUGUAUAUUCUGGAAUCACUGGGAUUCCUUGUGAAGAAGGAGAAAUCAGCUCUCACACCUUCUCAGGUGAUAAAAUUCCUAGGUUUCCGCUUGGGCGGAGCACGAUCCCGGGACCUCACAGAGGCAUAUACCAAUUCUGCCUACCCGCAACAUCACUCUACGAGCAGAGUACUUACCAGGAAUCGGCAGACUGGAGGGACGUCAGCGACUGUAGACUGAACGUCGCAAUAUUCCACACUCUGAGGCCUCUACGGGGGCCGCUCCAGUUGGACCUAUUUGCAUCCCGGACCAACAGUCUGUUACAGAGAUAUUUCGGCUGGCUUCCGGAUCCAGAGUGCGAGGCAGUGGAAGCCUUACUUUAGAAUUGGAAUCCAAGGAUCUUACGCUCUUUCUCCUUUCUCCGGGUUGGCAAGAGUCCUUAAUCAUAUAUGGAUCCACAAGAUCACUCUGUUACUCAUCACUCCCCGAUGGCAGAGUCAAGCAUGGUGUCCAGAUCUACUGGAACUAUCUCAGGAUUAACCCCUCCUACUACCAUCCUCACCGCAUCUAUUGACGAACACCCAAGGGGAAUUGCAUCCACUGGUCCUCAAACGAAACUUGGACCUAGUGACCUGGAUGGUUUCAGGGGAUCCUGGUCAGUCGAUUGCUUAUCACCAUCAACUAAGUAACUACUAGGGUACUCUUGGGCCCCAGGCAGUAGAAGGAGCUAUGGCACCACAUGGACAGGAUGAAGUAAUUGGUGUAUGGAGAGGAUUUCGAUCCCUUUAUGGCACCUGUUACUGCUGUACUAAACUUCUUAUACCAUCUUUUUUUGUUGGGCAAGUCGUAUCACUCUAUCAUUGUUACGUGUUCCGCUAUCUCGACGGCUCCCCUACAGGGCACUCAUAUAAGCCAGAACCCUCUGUGGAUAUUUUUUCCGUCAAUCUGGAAGGAAUGUCAUUUUCUAUCUCGCGUCGGACUAAGACAGACCUUUCCUCUGUCUCAUAUCCCAUUUUCUGACUAUUCCCGACCUCUACGUGGUGGGCACAUUACUAGGAUAUGUAGAGCGUACUGCUCCUCUACGGACAUCCCCCGUCAGGACCACUUCUUAUUUCAUUUGCUGGCUGAUACCUCUAGCGGAUGUAGACUUGGUUCAGGGCGCAGCCUCAUAGGUUUUUCCGGCGGGUGCUUUGCCUACCGACCUAUUGCGAUCCACAGCCUGGGCUAGAGAAAGUACAUUCAGUGUUUUUUUUUUUUCUGUCAGGUUUCUCAUGCUUCUUUUGCUUUUCUUCCCCACAGCUUUAAAAAUGCAAAAUACGAAGCCUCCUGUCGUGUUAUAAAAUUGUAGGUUAUGCUAACGCAGUGUACCUAUAAUCUUAAUUUUAUUAAGGACAGGAGGCAAGUAUUUUCAUACCCUUUUUUCCUCUCCCUGUUUCUAUGAUUCAUUUGUUUUUACUUCUAUAAAAAUUUGAAUUCAGGGUGGGUGUGUUGAUUUAUUUUAUAUCACACAUAGUGAGAUUCCGAUUAAUUAUUUGGUGUGUGUUUGUGUCUGUGUCACAAACGGUUCAUUUCCAAGUGCCUUUCACGUCUCUUUUUUUUUUGUUUUGUUUCUUUUCAGUUUGAUUCACCUUCAUGGAUCAAUACAUGGGGUCGUCUUCACACUCUAUGAAAACCAUCCAUUUGGGAUUCGGAUCGUAUUCAGAUACAGUCUCAAUCUUCAUUGUUAUCGUUCAAAGGAUAUAAAGGAUGUGCUUCUUGUUACUAGAGGCCGCUUCCGCGAUUGUCACUUUGAAAAUCAGUGAGGAGACGCUGACAUACAUAGGAAAGCAUUGAUAAAUGCAUUCCUAUGGGCGGCUUGAAUGCGCGCGCGGCUCUUGCCGCGCAUGUGCAUUCAGCACUGACGUCGGCAGGAGGAGAAGAGGACACCAGGCGUUGGAGAAAGGUAAGUGUGAGGGGGGCCAUGAGGGUGGGGGGGACCUAAGGACUACAUAGUGCCAGGAAAACAAGUUUGUUUUCCUGGCACUAUAGUGGUCCUUUAAUAAAAUUAAGAUUAUAGGUACACUGCGUUAGCACAAUCUACAGUUAGACACAAUUUAGACACAUUUAAAUGCCAGAAAAACAGUUGCCUACCCCAUCCAAACAAUAAUUUCUCUGCUCCUUUCCACUUACGCGAUCAACUCUAAUAAUUACAGGUAAAGUGAAGUUAUAUUUUCAUUUACUGUACAUUGUUUAUUAUUUUUUCCUAUAUGAUUUUGUGCAUGCAAGGCAUUUUUAAACUGUAAAAUUUGUGUUAAAAUGCUGUAAUUUUGGGAUGUCUGUAACGGAUUAAUUACAUUUACAUUAAUUCUUAUGGGAAUAAAUCAGAACUCGAACAGCCUUCUGGAACUGAUUGUUUGAGUUCUGAGGUUCAUACAACUUGUUCAUACAAGAUCCAGCACACUCACUCGUUCAUUAAAUGAUGUGUGUGUGUGUGUGUCUGGUAAUGUGUUGUCUAUUUGAGAACUACUGGAAUAAAGAUUAUAACGUCUCAACCAAUUCCAGUGCAGUUGAUAUUUAAUAUAAUAUUGUAUUAAAUUUUUAUUAACAUUAGCAUAUAUUUUUAUUUAGUAAUUUUCUUAUUAGCAUGUAUAUCCAUGAAGAUCUAGUACCAAUAUUCUAUGGAGCUACCUUGUAUCUAACUUGUACAGUAUUAAAGGACCACUAUAGUGCCAGGAAAACAUACUUGUUUUCCUGGCACAAUAGUGCCUUGAGGGUGCCCCCACCCGCAGGGUCCCCCUCCCUCCAGGCUGGAUGGAGAGGAAGGGGUUAAACUUACCUCGCUCUCCUCCCUCUUCUCCUCCUCCUUCUGCUGAAUGUGCAUGUGCGGCAGGAGCUGUGCGCGCAUUCACAAUGCUUUCCUGUGGACGCUGGUGUCUUCUCACUGUGAUUUUCACAGUGAGAAACGCGGAAGCCCUCUAGCGGCUGUCAAUGAGACAGCCACUAGAGGCUGGAUUAACCCUAACAUAAACAUAGCAGUUUCUCUGAAACUGCUAUGUUUAUAGAAAAAAGGGUUAACCCUAGAUGGACUUGGCACCCAGACCACUUCAUUAAGCUGAAGUGGUCUGGGUGCCUAUAGUGGUCCUUUAAUAUGUUUUUGAAGAGUGAAACCAAAAUAAGAAGCUUUGGCUUUGUGUAGAUGAAAUGCAGUAACCAUUCAUGAGUUGACAAAUAAUAAUGUAGAAUGUCAUUUAAGGUAAAAGCUAGCCCAGUAAUUUCAGGGAAGUGGAGUGAAGAAUAAAAGGUCAGUACAUCAAGUGAGAGAAACCAUAAAAAGAAAAUGAUACCAGAAUAGGGGUCUGUAAAGAAGAUAUAAAAGUAAAGGAAAGUCCAAAGUAUGAAAAGGUGUAUAAAAAUGGAAAAUGCAUAACAUUUCCAUAAAAUGUAUUGCAUAAACAAACAGAAAUAGGAACAUUUAUUUCUAACUUAUGGGAAAAAAGCAUGUGUAUGGUGCAGGAAGUGUCCUUUUUAUUGGUAGUAUUCACUUUGCUAUGGUUUACUAUGAUAUAGGGAUAUAAUUUCUGAUAUGUUUUUACUGAUUUCCAUCUUUUUCAUUGUCUGCAUUAGGACUAGUGAACUAUGAAGUUAACGUGGCUGGCUCUGACUAUUAUUCUGUAUCUGUGACUUUACGUGAUCAGGAAGGACAGGUUGCAGCUAUGGGUUUAGGCUCUCUCGGGCAGCUCAAAGUAUCAAAUGCAAACUUUUGGUGGCCUUACAUGAUGAGUGAGAAUCCUGGAUACCAGUAUACUUUAGAGGUAAAUUGCACUUUAUAUUAAUAACAGAACUGAUAGCAAAUAUUUUUGUUUUGUUUUUCCAAAAGAGCAGAGAGUCUCCGUGCAUCCCUGUCAAUCCCUACAUAUAGGGACAUAUAGUGGUGUCAGAAAUUGUAUGAGGUCUUCUCUGCUUCAGUUUAUUUCCUCCUGAUGUGUACCUGUGCUAGAAUCUCUGCUAGUGAUACUGAGUGUAUAUGUAUAGGUGUGUGUUUUCUGUCUUCCUGUUUCUCACUCCAACCCACCCUUUUUCAGAUUUUGCCCUAUCACUCAUACAUGCUUCUACUGGAAGAGGAGAGGGGGAAUUCUUGCCCACUUCUGCUUCCCCAUCCCCCCAAUUAAUUUCGCUUUGUCCAUAUUCCGACCAAAUUUACCAAAAGUGUCUAAUAACUAUUUAUAAGCUGCCGAUUGGGGACUUGUGUCUAACCAGGCCGAUAAAUAUCUGCAUCAGCUGUAAUUAUUAACAGCUGGUACAUGUAACCUACAUGUUUCCAACCUUAUUGCUAUUUAUUAAUGCCUACAUCCUAAUUACAUUUGAUGAAACUGAUAACUGCAUCCACAUGGUUACCAUUGUGGUAAUUAAAGGAUACUAAGAGGACCCAGGCAACACCGAGUCUCCUAAGCAAAUUAUAAUUAAUAUGGGCAUCUCCUGGGUCUUUUAUAAAAAUAUAAUAUUGCUUCCAUGGGGUCUAAAACAUACACAGUCUGCUGGGUCCUUUUUUAAAAUAUAAUAUGGACUCCAAUAAGAGAUAAUUAUACGGAUGAAAAGACACCAAGUCAUCUGGGCUCUAAUUAUUAAAUAAAAAAUAACCUAACUUCUAACUAUCUCUCACUCCACCUACCAACCCUUUUUUGUGUAGUUAAAAAAAAAAUAAUAAUAAUUAUUGGUCCAGGAGAAGCUGGUGUCAUGGCCUCUGUAGAAAAACUAAUGAUGGGCCUAUUGUACGGGGUGGAUGAGAGGAUGCCGGUGUGUGGUGGGUGGCAGAGUGUGAUUUGUACAUGUGUGGGUUUAGCUACAUGCAGCUGGAUACAUUUUUUUUUUCUAUUGAAUGCAUGGGGUGUUAGCUGUUGUAAACUUGUAUGUGCGAGGCAGAGGCAGGUUUUACAUUUGUUGAAAUAGCUGUAGAAGCAGAUAAACUGUAAAAACAAUGUUGGAUAGCUACUAGCUAGUAAGUAAGUAAGUAGUGGUAUACUCUUUCAGAGUCAUUAAAAAUAGCAGCAGCUGGUAAUUCCCUUUUGCUAAAUGUGAGAUUUUCAUGUUUGGAAACAGCUGCUAUUCACGAACAGUAGUAAUAGACACUUUAGCAAAAGUGGUUGGCUGAUAAAUAUUGGCAUGAACAUUGGAAAACAGGCCCUUAGUCAAGUCCAAGAACCUUGAUCAAAUUAUUAAAUAUGUACUUAGUCAUUGGUAUUUUUAUCAUUGCUUUUAUGAUGUGCAGAUAAUUUUGCAGAAUAAUCCAGGAUCAAACCCUGAACUUGCUUUGGAGAACAUGAAAUCCGCCACAAGGGGUGUGAUUAUUAACUUGAGUAAAUAAUCUAUUUGUUAGUUGUGACUUACAGCUUUCAAUCACAGCCUUUUUUGAGUAAAGUUAAACAAACUGUCUCUUAUGAAGUCUAAAUGACAAGGUGACCAGCAUGGGCGUCCGCAGGGGGGGGCCCUGGAUUUUUCAGCUUGUCCUGCUAUUUUGUGUGAGAUUUAAAAUGAACUGCAAUACCGGCGCCGGCCAGUAGGUGGCGCUGUGUAUGGAGAGAGACAGGGAUAGGAAGCUGCAUCUUAUCCCUGCUUCUCUCUGCUGAUUGAAACCGCAGGGGAGCAACACAUGCAGCCAGAGACAGCCUACAGAUCAGGUAAGUGAGGGAUGGGAGGGUUUGAGAUAGCCUAUAGAUUUGGGGGGGAGCAGCAGCGUAUAGAUUAGGGAGUGAGGCUGGGAGGGGCAGCAGACUAUAGAUUAGGGGAGUGAGGGGGGGCAGGCUAUAGAUUAGGGAGUGGGGGGACAGCAGCCUAUAGAUUAGGAGAGUGGGGGGGGCAUCCUAUAGAUUAGGGAGUGAGGGGGGCAGCAUCCUAUAGAUUGGAGGAGUAAGAGGAGGCAGCAGCCUAUAGAUUAGGGAGUGAGCGGGGACAGUCUAUAGAUUAGGGGAGUGGGGGGGACAGAAGCCUAUAGAUUAGGAGAGUGAGGGGGGCAUCCUAUAGAUGGUGGGUGAGGGGGGCCAGAUUGUGGAGGUGUUGGUGCCCAUAGAUUAGGAGAGUGAGGGGCCCAUAGAUUAGGGGAGUGAGGGAGGCAGCCUAUAGAUUAGGGGAGUGUAAAGUAGUCUACAUUAGGGAGUGAGGCUGGGGCAGCAGCCUAUAGGAUUAGGAGAGUGAGGGGGGGCAUCUUAUAGAUUAGGGGAGUGAGGGGCAGUCUAUAGAUUAGGGAGUGGGGGACAGCAGCCUGGGCAUUAGGAGAGUGAUGGGGGCAUAGAUUAGGGGAGUGAGAGGGGCAGCAGCCUAUGGAUUAGGGGAGUGAGGAGGGGCAGCAGCCUAUAGAUUAGGGGAGUGAGGCUGGGGGGGCAGCAGCCUAUAGAUUAGGGGAGUGAGGCUGGGGGGGGCAGCAGCCUAUAGAUUAGGGGAGUGAGGCUGGGGUGCAGCAGCCUAUAGAUUAGGGGAGUGAGGUAGAUGGUGUUUGUGUGUGCGUGUUUGUUCGGGGCCUGUUAGUGUCCUGUUUGUGUGCUGUGUGUGGGUGUUUUGUGCUUGUCAGGGUGCUGUUUGUGGGCUGUGUGUGCUGUGUGUAGGUACUGUGGGUGUGUGUGUGUGCUGUAUGUUUGGGUGGAGUGGGGGCAGAUUAGUUAAUAUCCCAGUCCUGCUGCCUUCCCUGGUGGUUCAGUGUAGAGUGAACUCUAGCCCGGGUUCUCUGCUGCCUCCCUCCAUGCUGCUGUGGACCGGUGAGGUAGAACUUUGAUCUCCCCACCGGCCCAUGGAGGCUUAGACCAGAGCCGCCGCUGGGAUAGCGUCGGCUCUACAUGAGCCGACUGGGGAGAUCCAGAGAUCUCCCCUGCCGGUCUCUAUCCAUUGGCGUGCCGCGGGGAUUAGGGUGUGCCCAGGCACACCCGACACACCCCGUGCGCACGCCUAUGGAAGUGAGGGAUGGGGGAGACAGCCUACAUGAAGAGUCAGCAAGGAGCAAGAAGGUAAAGUAAGAAAAGGAGAAGGAACAGAAAUGAGCAGGAAGGGACAUCAAGGAGCAGAAAGGGGCAGCAAGGAGCUGGAAGGGACAGCAAGGAGCACAGCAAAGGGUAAAGUAGGAGAAGGAGCACAAAGGAACAGAAAUGAACAGGAAGGGUCAGCAAGGAGCUGGAAGGUAAAGCAGCACAAAGGUAAAGUAGAAGGAGCAGAAAGGGUCAGAAAUGAGCUGGAAGGGGCAGAAGGAGCACAAAGGUAAAAUAGGAGAAUGAGCAGGAAGGGCCUGCAAGGAACAGGAAGGAGCACAAAGGUAAAGGAGCUGAAAGAAUCAGAAGGAGCACAAAGGUAAAGUAGAAAAGGGAGCAGAAAGGGUCUGCAAGGAGCAGAAAGGGAUCAGAAUGAGAAAGGAGCAGAAGGGCGCUAAAUAAGCAGAAAGUAGCAUAAAGGUAAAAGAGCAGAAGGGGCCAAGGAUAGAAAACAGUGUCAGAAGAAAAAAAAGACUGUCAAAUGAAGGAGAGGAAAAGGAGAUUGGAGCAGGAAGGACAAAUUAAGUGAACCCUCCACUUUAUUCUGGACACCAUAUCAUAAGGCUUUGGUACCUGGGCCAGGCAGGGAAAACGCUGGACCUUCUCAUCUCCAAAGGUAAAAAAAUAUCAGUAUUAAUGUGUUCACUUUUAUUUACUGAGUGUCAGGAAGCACAGAGUGCCGUUGGGUAGGGGUGUUGCUGAUUGGCUAGAGCGGUCAGCUGGCACUCUAAGCCAAUCAGUAGCUCCCCAUUCAUAAAAAAGUAAAAAUAUUUUAUGAACCGGGAACUAGCGAUUGGCUUAGAGCGUCAACUGUCCACUCUAGCCAAUCAGCGGCACCCAUGCCUGACGUCAAUCUGCACUUCCUGACACUCUGUUUCAGAAGCCAAAUACCACUGAGCGACCUGGAGCUGGAGGAAGCCUUUGGGGUUAAACCAUUUGAGAGCAAUUUAACCCCUUAAAGGAAAGCGAGCACCCAGGGGCUUCCUGGCAUAGCAUUUUCAUUUAGGUGAAGUUGUUAUGGUGACCAAAAUGGUCCUUUAAUUUGCUUAAAGGAACACUAUAGUGUCAGGAAUACAAACAUAUAUUCCUGACACCAUAGUUGUGAAAACGCCCUUCACCCUGGCUUUAUGUGAUAAUGGCUAUGCCCCUUCCCUUUCAUGACACUGUCAAAAAGGUACCAAGCAUGGAUGUCAUUACAAUUAUGCCCCCCCCCCUGGAAAAAUUCCUGUGGACGCCCAUGGUGACCAGUCUACUUGCAUAGAGGUUAGAUAUAUUUACCAGCUCUCUCUUCUCAUCCUUACCACUUUCCAGUAAUCGUCUGUGUCUGAGGAUAACUGAAGCUGUUAGGAGCCAUGUGGUUACAUGCAAAAUUGGUGUCUGUGGAAGAUCCACUAAAAUUCCAAGGCCAUUCAUUCACCUUCUUGAGCAAUUGAUUGCAUAAUCCAUGCUAGGAAAGGUAGUCUGAGGAGCAGGGAGGACAUUUUGUACAUAGGAACUACAUUUUCCAAACCACAUGUAUUAUUCUGUAUGAGAUUUUACUAACUGUAUACUGAUGUGAACUUCCUAUCUGGUUAACAGGUUAAGAUGACCACAGAUACAGAGUUUAAUUCCUUUGUGGACAUAUACAAUUUGCCAGUGGGGAUAAGAACUGUGAAAGUGUCUGAAACUGAAUUCCUCAUCAAUGGGAAACCUUUCUACUUCCAUGGCGUCAACAAGCAUGAGGACUAUGAUGUACGUUAAAUUUCUUUAUUUCAUACUUCCAUUUGACAUAUUUUGAAUCUGCUACAUAAUUGAUCUGUAUAAAUAAUUAUCAAAGUGGAGCAACCAGUGGUAAUAGUCUGUUGACUUGUAUGAUUGUUCCAGAUAUAGAGCUUUGUCUCCAGAAUUACCCUUAAUAAAUGACCCACCAGUUAAAAGGCUGACAGAGCAUUAUAGGAAAUAUAUGAUAAACAUCUGUCUUGUAAGAGUUGGCCUUUAUUGUACAACUGGAAGAUGUAAAUCGGUCACUUUUCUAGAAAAUUCUUGAUUUUUUUUCACCCAGAAUUAACAUUGAUUAGUUUGAUCAGUACUGGCAGGAAUCCAAUGCCUUUUGCAGGGAUAUGUCUAAUGCACAUAUAAAUCUUCUGGGUCAUGUGGUGGACAUAACGGCAGCUGGUAAUGGUGGUCAUUCUCCUUUUUGUAAAACCUUAAUUUUGAAGGGGUGUCCCAGGCAAAGCUAUUAUUAUCUUGUAGCAGGUCUGCCAAUGCCUUAGACUGGUAAUGUUUCUAUAUGGGAUAGAUUGAAGUCCUUGACUGUGACAGAAUUCCAACUUCUUAGAAUAUUUUGAUUGUGGCUUCUCUGUGUGCUGAAUAGGUAAAAGUACACUAUGAUAUCCUCUCCUGCUGUCAAGGCCCUCUAGACUUGAUGAGCUACAUGGGCUCUGGGAUAUCUGGUAAUAAGCAUCAGAAGAUAUCCAAGAAUUAGGAGCUGGGCAGACCUUGGAUCCUUGGGUUAUACCAGUGAAACCUAUUGGAGAUGUCAUCUUUGUCUUUAUCUAAGUAUGUCUAAAGUGCAUUAGAAUGGUUAACAGCUUUAUAUUGGGUGCAAUGGCAGUCUCAACCCUGCUCUUAAGUUCUUAUGUCUAGUACCCCAAGGCCUGAUGUUCAGUCUUCACCUUUGCACCAUUUUCUUUGCCAUCUAGGUCGAUCUUUGCCUAUUUAUUGUAAAAUGAUGGUUGUGAUGUAUCUGAGACCACAUCUUCUGGCUUUGCAUGUUCUCCAAUAGGGGCUUAGUAGGCACCAUCUUGGGAGAAUACUUAUGAAUGUUAGUUAGAAGUGAAACUGGUGUUUAUCUCAUUUUAUUCUUCUUUGACUGCUGGCAUUAUUGGGGUAUUCAAUUUCAGUCAGUCCAGCCUCUGAGAAGGGCCCCUGGCCAGGCACUGCUGGGCCCGACUCGUCUUUUUUCCUCCACAAGAUUAUCUUGUUGGGUGGGAAUCUAUGCCACUGUUUCAUAUUCUUAAGCUGUGAGCAAGCACCCAAACAAGGGGCACAAUGAGCCCAUCUGCACAUGGUCCCCAGUGGUUUCAUGACCCCAGGAGGAGGUGUGUACAUUUCCCAGUGCAUCCACUUAGCUGUUGCCUUGAGUCCCUUAGUCCGUUAAUGUUACAACAUGUGGAGUCGUAACACUGUGUGGUGGAUACAGAACAUAACAGAUCCUCCAUAGAAUCUUGGUAAAACUCAAAUGUAUGCUGGCAAUGUUGGGGGAUGGUGAUCUACUUUCUGCAUAGUUGGUGGAUAAAAUAGCUUUUAGUUCAAGCUAAGAUGAAAGACCUCAUCCACCCCAUUCCCUCUUCAUCCCCAAAGUUAUACUUUUGCACAUUGCAAAUAUACCAAAGUCAAAAUACAAAUGCUCCCUGACCAGGCUUCUUUUCAAUGCUUCUAUUACAUUAGCAAAAUAGAAACAUAGGGGUUGCAUCAGAUAAAUGCAUGGAACAACUUCACCACCAGUGGUGCUACCGAAUAGCAAAGAUCCCGUGUAGAGGAAUAGCUCUUCCCUGCUAAGGCCUGACCUGCUAGUGUGCUCAUAUAUUUGGUGCUACAGCAUCCCAGCGGAAAAAUACGUAUAAUACAUGUUAUCCAAUGCGUUGACAAACAUUGCUAGAUGCAAUCGGUUCAGGCCUCCCCAUGCCCUGUGCUGAACACUAUAUAUGAAAGUGUCACUGACUUUGUUUUUCAUCUAAUUUUUGGAACAUUUUUGUUGCAAUUUAUUUAAGAAGUCGGAUUUUUUAAUCUGUGUUUUUUAUUUUUUUAUUUUUUUUUCAGCCCAACAAUCUUUUCUGAACAUAAAUGAUUUGUGUGUAUAUUUGUGCCACUUUUCACAAAAUAAACAAACAGGCUACUUGAGCUGUUCUCAGUACUCUCUCUCCAAGUUUUAAGGGUAAUCAGGACUUGGACCCCUUGCUCAUGGUGCCUAGAGGGAUAUCGGCUAUACCUCAUUGACGAGUCCUAGCAAGGCCAAAACAAUCAUCUGAGGUUGCUGUAUCUCUCGUGCAGAGCGUGCCGGCCUGCUUUUAGGGUCUGGACCCGCCUUGUAGGUGGGAUCAGUCUGAUAUGCAAAUGGCCCUGGUUCUUUUUGUAAUGGCACAAGGUAAGCUAAAACCCACUGGAGAUCUGAGCAGGGUUCCACCGAAGGGCAGCCUACUUGAGCUGUUGUCUGUUCUCAAUACUCUCUUGCACCUUGCUUUUUUGCUCUCUGUAGCUGACCUCUGGUAACCCGACUGGUUACCUCUGCUAAACUCUCCUCUCAGCCAGACUUGAACAGUGUGUGAAUAUAGCUCUCUUCCUCCCAGUAACUAGACUAGACAUAGUUCUGGGAGUAAUCUGAGUUUAUUGCUCUGAAUGCAGCCUUUUAUGCCCAGACCCCCAUCAUUCUUUACACCGUAAUCCCGCCCAGGUGUCUGUGUCUGGGAGAUAAGUGAAUUAUCUCUCGGAUACAGAGAGCCAAACAUAAACGUACACAUUUAAAACACACAGAAACCCCACAUGUCAUACAUCCCAGGAUAGCUCUGGUCCAAGCGCCAAUGUUGGCCAAAUAGCACCCAGAUCCAUGAAGAUUUGUCCAAUCGCCACUGGGGUAUAGUUUUGACUGGCCGCACAUAUGGGCAAAGCCCAAAACCGUUCCAGAGGAAAAGUGUCCUUGGCCAGUCAAACAUCGGGAGCUCCUGUGGUCAAACGAAAGGGCGCUCCUCCUGGUUCUUUGGCAGUGAUUGUUCUCAAGAGUCUGUAGUACCUUCCCUCCGAUCGUCAAGUGUACAAAACAGGGAAAAAGGUAGUCUGGGAACUGCAUGGUCCAGUGGCCGUAUAGAGUUCCAUGGAGUAAGCGGCUAACUACCGCUGGUGUCUUUCGGGAGACAAAAUAGCCGCCAUCUGCGAGGGAGCAUGUGUUCGGUAGUAUGUUCGGUAGAAGUGAAGGUACCGAAACAGGGGGUCUGUGAAUAAGUAUUUUAGGGAACAUAAAGGGUACAAGAUCCGUCACACUGUCCUCCCCCCAAAAAAAUUAUUAUUCCGCCACUCUAAAUUUGUCGGUAGAUCCAAAUUAUGACUGAAUUCAACCUUUUCAAAUUGCUGGAAAAUUAUCCCCCGUUUUGUUUGAGAAGAUGGUUUCCAUAGAAGGACUUCUAUAAGAAGAAAAUAACCCCCUAAGCAGCUUUAAAACGAUUUUAAAAAAUUGAUAUAUAUCUCCCAACAUUGUGAAAUAGGCUAUAUCUACAGCUUUGGCUAGGAGAUAGAGCAUAGUCAUUCACUUGCAAGGAAGCUGCUAUACAGUUUUUCAGUCUGAUGUAUGCAUAUGUGUAGAGCGUCACUGGAUAGUUGACCUCUAGUUCUAAUCCUUUUGUCUUGACAGACAUGGGAGUGAGAAGUGUAAAGUAAUUGGUUGGUCUCUGACUUCUGACAUUAGUUUCCUCUAUUGGGAGGAAUAUUUUAUCCUAUUGACAGCUAUCAAAAUGUUGUAUUUAUUUUUUGCAGCAGGGUUUAAAAAAAAAUGUGUAAAAAUAAAAUGUAUGUGUAUGGUUUAAUGUGGAGGAGGCAUAUUUGAUUUUGUUUGUACAAGUGAUAAUUGCAGAUGUGUGUGGGUACUGUGUAUAUAAAAUAUAGCUAUCUUUCCCCCCUAGGUUAGAGGCAAAGGUCUCGACUGGCCUCUUAUUAUAAAAGAUUUUAAUCUGUUGAAGUGGCUGGGUGCAAAUUCAUUCCGCACUAGCCACUAUCCAUAUGCAGAGGAGAUUAUGGAUCUGUGUGAUAAAUAUGGCAUUGUAGUGAUCGAUGAAUGUCCUGGAGUUGGGAUUAGACUACCGUAAGUAGGCAAGCUUAUUUUCUGUGUUGUGUUUUCAUGAAGGUUUGUUGGACACAGGUUUUUCUCUAACUUUAACAAAACAUUUCAUGUGAUUUACUUACCAUAAAAUAUCAACAGAAAGAACAAAUAUUUCCUUAGCCAAAGUAAUAAUGAUUAAACAUAUUUCCAUUCAAUAAAAUUAAGCUUUUAAGUGGUUGUAGUAGGUUAUGCAUAGAAAGGAUGUAGAUCAAUUUCUUGGAAAUAUGAUCAAAGGUGUAUUAAGGACCUGAAGAUAUUUUCUUUGCAUGUAAGAUACCAUCAAAUAUUUUUAAGGUAGACUCUGUAGAAAAUUGUAUAUGGUAGCACAGUCUUUUUUUUUUUUUAAUCUAAAUCCCCUGCUUCUAUUUUCUACACGUGCUAUGUUACCAGUACAGACAAGAUAAUAGUGGAAUAUAUAUGAAUGGAACUGCAUCACAGACCACACCACUCUAUAAAAUGCAGUACUGUGAUAGACAUUACACAUUGCACCAAUGGUUACAAGAACUAAGAGCUAUAGUUGGAGAAUACUAAAUCACUGAAAUCUAAAGAAUUUACAAUUGUCAACAAGACUCAUCAGACUUUUUUCUUUCUACUCUGCUCUUUCAUAGUUCCAUUUAGAUAGGAAGCUGAUUUUAAAAUAAAUUAAAAUUUGCUCUGGCCUUUGCGUGAAAAACGGGCACUUAUCUAAACACCUAACUUCACUUGUAUUAUUUAGACUGCUUAAUUUUGCAUGCUGCACUAAUGCAAUGUAGAUUGAUUUUUAUUUUAUAAUUCUACUCUGACUCCUACACCCUUUCUAUUGACUUUUGACUAUUAACUGCCAUUCUGAGUGAUCUUUGGUUUAAGAUCAUUCUCACCUGCCACUGUGCUUUACAUUGUCAGAAUGGAGAACAGGUAGGCAGCUUUCAGUUAUCGUGUCCGCUAAACCAGUGGUACCCGUGGCUGCCCAGCUGACCUAAGAAGCUAUGGCUGCUGUCAACGCUGCAUAGCUGUGAUCUGCUCUGGGUCAGAUAAUGGAUGAUUCAAAUCAAAUACCAUUCAAAUGGAAGCUCGGGCAAUAGAGAGAGGGUAGGUGUCGGAGCAGAACUACAGAAUAAACUCAAUAUUUAUUAUUAAGCAAAAAGAUCAAUAAAUAAAAGUUCCUUAAACUCUCAACUCUAUGACUGAUUUCCUUUAAAUGCUCUAUAAAAACAAAAAAGUAGCUUGAAGUUUAUUUAACAGUCAGUUGUUUGGUAAGGAGAGAACCACUUUAUGGUCUUCGGACAAUGUCUCUUACCUUCUGUUGUGGACGGCAUAUCCUAUCUAUUAUGAAAGCUGGCCCUGACAAUUUAUUAACUUAUAGUGAGGUCAUGAUGGAGACAUUUGACAUUCUAGAAACUCAGCUGAAAGAGUGGGUAGUAGAGUGGUAAAGGUGUGAAUAGGAAAAAUCAGUGUAGAGAGAAGGAAUAUUGGUGAGCAAUAUCUGCAUGGAGACACUGAAUUGUCCUCAUAGAGAUGCAUUGAUUCAGUGUCAAUGUUCCUGACCCUAUUGUGUUCCUUUACACAAACUAAAAGAAAAAGAUGAUGAUAUAUCUAUCUACAAUGCUCCAGAUUCCAUCUUGGCUGAACUUGCACUUUAUUGUUUUAAGCUUUAUUAGAGAAGCUUAAUAUGUAUUUCAGUAUUGCUCUCCAUGGUGUACAAAGUGUCGAGUGUGAUAGGACUGUUUCUUAUUAAUUUACAUGUUUAAUCUAGUUGGAUAAAAUGCAAAUGGGAUAAUUCCUCUAGAGCUUUGCUUAGAACCCAUAAUGUGUAGAACACUAUAUUGUUUCAGGAAUACAAACGUGUAUUCCUGACACUAUAGGUGUAAAUGCUUUCUUUAGGUCCUUGGCUCUCCUAUUCGCUAAGUAAAAUACCUCUGAGUACUAUCUUAAGCAUGCUAAAUUAGCUGGCAUUUGAGUUAGGCAAAAUCAUGAGAUUAAAUUCAGACAAUUACUUCAACGUGUGCUCUGGUUUUAACUUUGAGUACAAGCUUAACCCCUUAAGGACCAAAUUUCUGGAAUAAAAGGGAAUCAUGACAUGUCACACGUGUCAUGUGUCCUUAAGGGGCUAAGCAUGCUAAAUUAGCUGGCUUUGAGUUACACAAAAUCAUGAGAGUACAUUCAAACAAUAAACUCAACGUGCGCUCUGGCUUUAACUUUUGGUACAAGCUUAAGCAUGCUGAAUUAGCAGGCAAUGGGUUAAACAAAAUCAUGAGUACAUUCAGACCCUAAGUUCAACGUGUGCUCGGAGUAUGUGUGAUCUGCCAUGUGUGUGUUAGUGUCCUCUUAGGUUCCCCUGAGUGGUGUGUACCCCUGUCCGGUAGUCGGUUCAAUGGGUGUGGGUGAAUGAGCCUGGCAAUUGUUAUGCUGGCACAAUAGAGUGCAUGUAGAGCUAAGCAGUGAGGCAAAAUAUAGUAAUAUUAACAAGAUGUGCAGCAUACUAUGCUAGGUUGGAGCUCGAACUAGAUUAGCGGUUCCUAGAUUGUAGUGGUGAUAAAGGUAAAAUAUGGUAUAACAUUGGGAGGUAUCAACGUCAGGAGCGAGGUUGCUAAACAAUUAUAUUACCCCCCCGGGUAGCCAGCCGUGUGUUCGUGUAGGCAGCAAUUGGGCUCAGUGUCCACGGCCAUGGCAUCAGCCGAUACCAUAGUCCCGACCCGGUAAAACCCCGGCUCCGUUCCUCUCGACGAAUAGCUGAUUUCUAUUGAUGACUGUGUUGGCGUUGGGUGAGUGGUAAGUUCGCAGCCCUGUUCAUGUGGUGGCCGUAGCGUAUGGGUCUGUAGGCGGCUUCCUGGGCACAAAUUCCGGGGCAUCCACGGUGUGCCUUCCCAGCUGGCAUGUGUGACCUGAAAGGUGCGUUGCCUGAUUCUGCGGGUCAGUAGGGAUGUUCAGUAGCCUUAUUAUCUCUGCGGCUUCCUGGGGGUUGUGGACAGCGUGUUUGGUUUCUCCUUUGCUGAUGUGGAGGGUGCGGUUCGGGAUAAUUCCACAUUUUAGUGAAUAAACGUGGUAGUUUAAUUGGCACAUUGACUUAGCAGAAACCAAUAUUCAUGAACUAUAUUUUGCAUGAAAGUCAAUGGAUUUACAAGCCAGUGUUAAUAGUGUUAUGGACAAAAUACUGUGUACAAAUAGUGCUCAGUAACUAUUUCCUCUGUCAAUUCCUCCCAUCCGGCUACCCUCCCCCCUUCCCAUCGAGCAAGCCUCAUGUAACAAAUUCCUGUGUUAAAAGAACAGCUUCCUUUACCCUCUUUUUCCCAGUGCCGCGUGGGUCUCCUCGCAGCUGGACCCACCCCUGUUCCGCCUCCUUGACUGAGAUCAGCAAAUUUGAUGAUCUCCCUCAAUCCAAUGCUUUCGCAUUGGUAGGCUAUUGCGCAUGUGCAAAAUGCCACGGUGCGCCAAUCAGUAACUCCUCAUAGAGAUGCAUUGAAUCCAUGCAUCACUAUAAGGAGUGUUUAAUGUCUCCAUACAGAGUAUGGGGACACUGAAUGUCUGUGCUGCACUGAUCCAGGAAGCACCUCUAGUAGCUUUCUGAGUGACGGUUAGUAGAGGUAUUACUAGAAAAUUACUUUCCAUUAUCUGAUUACACAUCAGAGGUAUUCUCUUCACCUCUGUCCAGGAGACUUGUGUUUAAAGGGACAUGGUAGGCACCCAGACCACUUCUGCUCAUUGAAGUGGUCUGGGUGCUGUGUCCCUAUUGCACUUAGUGCUGCAAUGUAAAACAUUGCAGUUCCAGAGAACUGAAAUGUUUACAUUGCAGCUCUAAGUCUGCCCUCAGUGGCUGUCUACCAGACAGUCACUGGGGCGCUUACGGGAUCUAAACGGACCUUUGGUCUGUUAUCUGACGCUGUACGUUCUCACGCUCUGCAUGAGGACCUCCAGCAUAAUAUUUUUUCCAUAGAAAAGCAUUGAAUAAAGCUUUCCUAUGGGGAGCUCUAAUGCAGUGCGGCCAUUGGAUGCACUUUAGGUCUCCCCAACCGACGUCCGCGUGGGCGGGGCCUGACCCAGUGCCGUGGGACAUCCCCACUGGAUUCAGGUAAGUGACUGAAUAUGGCACUAUAGGUUUAAUAGUCCACUCCCUGCCCCCCUCCCUUGCAGAGGGGGGGGGGGGAGGGGAGGUCCUCUUAAACCUGCUUUGUUUUCCUGGCACUAUAGGAUCCCUUUAAUCUGUAGUGGAAGCAUCAAGCUACUAAAAAUUGAGAAAACUCACAAGGAAAUUAUUAUAUCUAUUAUACGCUCGCCCUAUUUCUAUUAUACCUUUUUGCACUACAGUAUUACCCUAUGUGCUUUUCCCUCUUUCUAUUUUGAGCUAUUCUGAAAAGCAUACCUGCUCCAAGCAGAUCAUAUCGGCACUCCAGAUAUUUGGACUACACCUCCCAUGAUGCUUUGCCAGCAUUAUGGGUGUAAUAGCAUUAUGGGAGAUGUAGUCCACAACAUCUGGAGUGCCGAAGGUUGCCUAUCCCUGCACUAGUGUGUGUGUGUAUAUAUAAAUUGUUUAUUGUUUUAAUAUUGCACUUAAGGUGCUUUUGGUCAACUUCAAAAACAGAGCAGCUACUGAACGCUUGCUGUUCUAAAUACGAACUGAGCACUCAAGGGUUUCAAAAAAGGGCCCUGUUGGAGCUCACUACGCAUUGCACAGUAUUCGGGAUGAUGCUCAUAAUGAUGCAUACAGAAACCUUUUGAACAAUUACUCUAUUGACUGCUUUACAGACAAGAAAAUUUAAGAACCGUACAUGUAAAAUAUUUAUAUAGUUAUUAGAUAUUGUGUUAUUUUAUGUAUUCGUACUGGAUGAUAUUUUUGGAUGUUAUGUCCUUGAUCAGUAUGAAGAAUAAUAUAAAUACAUAUUUAACAAAAAGGCCAUAAAGGUCUGAAGCAUUCAUACUGAACCCUGCUAAGUAAAUAACCAAAUUUCUAUUUCACCACAAAGACCCUUAGGUGCUUGGUUUAAUCACAUUGUUAACUUAGAAAUAUAUUCACUAUUAUUUCAGAAUUCUGUACAUUAAACAAGGAAGUUAAAAUCCUUGCCUGUUUUUUCUCUUUUCUAAUGUCAGUCAUUUAUGUCCUCUCUCUUCUGCUCCAUGGUUGAAAUGAUAUCAGAAUGGUUUCAAGUCCAGUAAUUCUAGCUUGCCAGCACCUCCAUUAUGAUGUCACCAUACGCUCAGCUGACCUCACAGAGGUUCAAUUUACAUGUUAAUAAAGCAAACUAAGCAGUAUUUGCACUAUUGAUUUAGAUCAAAGCAAACUUUGAUUAAUUGUCUAUCUGCUCCUUCCAAAUUGAUUAAUUAAUUGCGUGCACGCUUUUCCUUAGAAGUAAUUCACACCGGAGACAAAGUUUCUGAUUAGUGAAAAACCUGUGGAAUGCUUUAUUCCCCAGAGUGGGAGCGCCUUUUAAAGCAGAAAUACAUCAUGUACAGAGUCACAGUUAACAUACAGUAUACAUUCAACAAUUGGUUAACAGUCUAAGGGGUCUUGUCUAAACCCCCCCUACAGGAUGUAAUGUCAUCAUUACAGAGUUCUUCCAGCUCCAUCUUGGUUACACGAUGGGAGGGGAAGUGAGUAGUUACUGAACAGAGAGGGGCUGAAGGGGAAACUGUUACUUUAACAGCGAUUCUCCAUUUUGUUACACGUGGCACAUAGCUGUUAGUUGCACAAAGGAAGCGGGGGAGGAGUUUAGUAAAGGAAGCUAUUCUUUUAACACAGGAAUUUGUUACAUGAGGCUUGCUCGAUGGGAAGGGGGGAGGGGUAGCCGGAUGGGAGGAAUUGACAGAGGAAAUAGUUACUGAGCACUAUUUGUACACAGUAUUUUGUCCAUAACACUAUUAACACUGGCUUGUAAAUCCAUUGACUUUCGUGCAAAAUAUAGUUCAUGAAUAUUGGUUUCUGCUAAGUCAAUGUGCCAAUUAAACUACCACGUUUAUUCACUAAAAUGUGGAAUUAUCCCGAACCGCACCCUCAACAUCAGCAAAGGAGAAACCAAACACGCUGUUCACAAUCCCCAGGAAGCCGCAGAGAUAAUAAGGCUACUGAACAUCCCUACUGACCCGCAGAAUCAGGCAACGCACCUCUCAGGCCACACAUGCCAGCUGGGAAGGCACACCGUGGAUGCCCCGGAAUUUGUGCCCAGGAAGCCGCCUACAGACCCAUACGCUACGGCCACCACAUGAACAGGGCUGCGAACUUACCACUCACCCAACGCCAACACAGUCAUCAAUAGAAAACAGCUAUUCGUCGAGAGGAACGGAGCCGGGGUUUUACCGGGUCGGGACUAUGGUAUCGGCUGAUGCCAUGGCCGUGGACACUGAGCCCAAUUGCUGCCUACACGAACACACGGCUGGCUACCCGGGGGGGGGGUAAUAUAAUUGUUUAGCAACCUCGCUCCUGACGUUGAUACCUCCCAAUGUUAUACCAUAUUUUACCUUUAUCACCACUACAAUCUAGGAACCGCUAAUCUAGUUCGAGCUCCAACCUAGCAUAGUAUGCUGCACAUCUUGUUAAUAUUACUAUAUUUUGCCUCACUGCUUAGCUCUACAUGCACUCUAUUGUGCCAGCAUAACAAUUGCCAGGCUCAUUCACCCACACCCAUUGAACCGACUACCGGACAGGGGUACACACCACUCAGGGGAACCUAAGAGGACACUAACACACACAUGGCAGAUCACACAUACUCCGAGCACACGUUGAACUUAGGGUCUGAAUGUACUCAUGAUUUUGUUUAACCCAUUGCCUGCUAAUUCAGCAUGCUUAAGCUUGUACCAAAAGUUAAAGCCAGAGCGCACGUUGAGUUUAUUGUUUGAAUGUACUCUCAUGAUUUUGUGUAACUCAAAGCCAGCUAAUUUAGCAUGCUUAACCUCUUAAGGACAUAUGACAUGUGUGACAUGUCAUGAUUCCCUUUUAUUCCAGAAAUUUGGUCCUUAAGGGGUUAAGCUUGUACUCAAAGUUAAAACCAGAGCACACGUUGAAGUAAUUGUCUGAAUUUAAUCUCAUGAUUUUGCCUAACUCAAAUGCCAGCUAAUUUAUCAUGCUUAAGAUAGUACUCAAGGUUAAAGCCAAAGCACAUGUUGAAUUUAUUGUUUGAAUGUACUCUCAUGAUUUUAUGUACCGUAUAUACUCGAGUAUAAGCCGACCCAAUAUAAGCCGAGGCCCCUAAUUUUACCACAAAAAACUGGGAAAACUUAUUGACUCGAGUAUAAGCCUAGGGUGGGAAAUGCAGCAGCUACUGGUAAAUUUCUAAAUUAAAUUAGAUCCCAAUAAAAUUACAUUAAUUUAAUAUUUAUUUGCAGUGUGUGUAUAGAAUGCAUGCAGAGUGUGUGUUUGUAUGUGUAUAUAAUGAAUGCAGAGUGUGUGUUUGUGUGUGUGUGUAUAUAAUGCAGUGUGUAUAUAAUGCAGUGUGUUUGUGCAGUGUGUGUAAACUGGAUGAGGGGAGGGUAUUUUAUUUAAAUUUUAUUAUAUUAUUUUAAUAUUAUUAUAUUAUUAUUAUUAUUUUAAUAUGAUAUUAUUUUAAUAAUAUGCAAAUAUUAAAAUAAUAAUAAUUUUUUUUUUAAAUGUUUUUUUUGUCCCCCCUCCCUGCUUGUUGCCUGGUCAGGGAGGGGGGACAAAAAAACCAUUUUAAAAAAAAUAAUGAAAAUAUUAAAAUAAUAAUAUAAUUUUAAUAAUUUAUUAUUAUUAAAAUAUAAUAAUAUUGAAUCCCUGGUGGUCCAGUGGCCUUGGCAGUUCAGUGGGGGGGCUGGCAGCGAGCUGUUACUUACCUUCCUGCAGCUCCUGUCAGCUCCCUCCUCCUCCGUGCAGCUCCUCGGUCAGCUAUGUUCUGUUUACAGUGCAAGUCUCGCGAGACCCGCGGCUCUCGCGAGACUUACACUGGGAGCAGAACGGAGCUGACCGAGGAGCUGCACGGAGGAGGAGGGAGCUGACAGGAGCUGCAGGAAGGUAAGUAACAGCUCACUGUCAGCCCCCAACAGGACCGCCGGGCUUGUAAUGAGCCCGGCGGUCCUGGUCUGUAUUAUGGCAAUGUAAGUUGCCAUAAUACAUACUGACUUGAGUAUAAGCCGAGUUGGGGUUUUUCAGCACAAAAAAUGUGCUGAAAAACUCUGCUUAUACUCUAGUAUAUACGGUAACUCCAUGCCAGCUAAUUUAGCAUGCUUAAAGGACCACUAUAGUGCCCUGAGGGUGCCCCCACCCUCAGGGUCCCACUCCCGCCGGGCUGGAUGGCAAGGAAAGGGGUUAAACUUACCUUUUUUCCAGCGCCGGGUGGGGAGCUCUCGUCCUCCUCUCCGCCUCCAAUCCUCCUCUUCGGCUGAAUGCGCAUGCGCGGCAGCAGCUGCGCACGCAUUCAGCCUGUCUCAUAGGAAAGCAUUUACAAUGCUUUCCUAUGGACGCUUGCGUCUUCUCGCACGCAAUGAGACAGCCACUAGAGGCUUUAGAGGCUGGAUUAACCCAUUUAUAAACAUAGCAGUUUCUCUGAAACUGCUAUGUUUAUUAAAAAAAAAAAAGGGGGGGGGGUUAAUCCUAGAGGGACCUGGCACCCAGACCACUUCAUUAAGCUGAAGUGGUCUGGGUGCCUAGAGUGGUCCUUUAAGCUUGUACUCCACGUUAAAGUUACGCUACUGUAACGAAACCGUUUUGUCUUUCAUAAUAAUAUUUUAAAAUGUGCCGUCACCUCUGAGCCACAUAUGUGACCCUCUGUGCUAUCCAUACACUUACUCAUGCUGUUGUGGCAUCGUACGAUGUUCUGUUACUCAAUGCACGCUCAAAAUAAAGGAUUUAUAAAAUGUGGAAUUAAAACCUAAUUUACAAUAUUAGCCCAAAAAUAGCUGAAAUGAAAACAUAACUGGCUUGGGGAAUUUUUAUAGUUUGCCUAUUUUUGUUGAAAUUUAAACACCCUUUAAAUGCCAGACAGGUCACAUUUUAGGAAAUAUCCUUUUACGUGCCAAUUUGAAAAGCUUUGUGUGAUUAGAUUGUAACAGUGUGCUUAAUGGGCUACAAAUGUUUUUUUUUUUUUUUUUUAAAUUGCCUAAAAUGCAUUUGUUUUGUUUUUCAUUUGAAAUUUUUUAUUGAAUUUCAAAAUAUCAAUGGAAAGAGGGUACAGAAUGAAAUUGGCGAGAAUUGGGGGGUGAAAAAGGGUAUGAAAAUGGAAAGCACAGCCAAAUAUAAUUGAGCAGUACUUAAAUGCACGUUUAAAGUGAGAACAAAUAGGCUAUGAGCGUAAUUCGUAUGCCACAUAGGUUAUCCACAUCAGCUGUCUUAUUCUGGCAAGACUGACAGAUGUUUGCAUAGAAUGCAUUUUUGAUGUACUAAUACUCAGAGUAUGUCAAUUAAACUGAAUAAACGAAUGGCACCCUUUUCUUCUGUAACACAUUCUCAUACUCAAACACAUAAUCCCAAAGCCCAGAUUCCUUAUCUCUCUGAAUGUAAUCCAUUGUAUCUGGAGUGUACAGAGCACUACUUACCUCACCAACAUAAUGGUGGAAAAUGUACAUGUAUAUGGUAUGAAACUGUACUCGGUGUCUAAACCGUGUACCAAGUCUUCUGUACCAACUAGCCAAUAAGUGUAGGUGCUGUGUGAUCAUGAACACUAUGCGUUUUGUGUUUGCCUUUCCAUCCAAGCCUCCGUCUCACAGUGCCGUAUUUAUACUGCUAGAACUGAAAAGACAGAACGGGUGCUCACAUCGAUAACAGUACUCACUGUUCAUCUAUAAACCUCUCCCCCAGCAAAAUACAGCAGCUGGAUGAAUAGGAGUCCCUACAUUUCAACCCUAACACAACUUGCUUACAUACGUUUAGCUUUUAAAAUCAAACUGACAUUCAAGGUCCAAUUGCACUACUCUAUGUUGUUAUAUCAAAUUGGGCAUAGCCUAAAUGUUACAUUCUUAUGGGAACAGCCACAAAACAAUUACCACGUGUGUAUUUCACACACUCCUGGUGAUGUCUUUAAGCUCAGGAACCUGUUAAUACAGGUUGGAAUCUUUCACACAUCCUUAUUGUUGUGGUUGAUUCAAAAGAAGGCAACUACUAUGCAAACUGAAAUACAAUCUGAACAAAGAAAAAAUAAUGAUCAAUUUUGUCUGAUUUCUUCCAUGCCAGUGAAAGCUUUGGAAACCAAUCUCUCCAGCACCAUUUAGUUGUCAUGGAAGAGCUGGUACGCAGGGAUAAGAACAGGCCUUCAGUCGUAAUGUGGUCGGUUGCCAAUGAGCCUGCAUCCCAGCUCCACCUUGCUGGAUAUUAUUUCAAGUGAGUAUGAGCAUAUUCGUGGAGGUUUUGAGGACAAAUGUUACACUUCAAAAUUACAAAAUGCAUUUAAACCCUGCAAUGAAAGCAUUGCUGUUUUUAUCAAAACCACUUUCAGGGUUAAAAUGUAGGGAGAACAUGGCAAGACCAUUCAUUGAAAUGUGGUGGUCUGGGUGCCUAUAGAGUCCCUUUAAUGUGUCUCCUUUGGAACUUAAUGGCAGAAAUAUGCUGUAUUGUGUAUGCUGAAUACCUAAUUUUUCCUCAGUUCAGCCACAGAACAAGCCACUCCAGCGUUACUUAUGAAUCAUGUAGCAAAUCUAGAUCCGAUACGUGUGCUUUUGUUUUUCUUAUUUUUAAUGGGUCAUUCAAAUUAAAGUGGCACUUUAAUGGCUGCAUCCGUUAUUUUUAUUUUUUUGUUUUUUUUUACCCCAUCUAAUUGUCUCCCUAGUCACCCCCAAAUGUACAUUUCAUCCUUCUUAACCUGUUGAUUUCUUGCCUGGAUCUAGUUCACAUCAUCUGCCAACACUAGGUAGAGUGUCAAUUAACCCCUUCCCGACCGGCGAUCGGUGUUCCUCUCAUUCUGGGGGACGGUCUGUCAGCCCACACAGUCCCCCCUCAGCAAACUAGGCCCCCGCAAUAGGCACCUAUAGUGCUGCCUGAACUGACGGGCAGUCUCCCUGCAUGUGUAAUAAAAAAAUAAAAACGUUAAUAAAUAAAUAAAAUUAAAAAAACAGAAUAAAUAUAUAUAUAUAAACAAAGGUGCACUCACAGGUCUUCAAAUGUGCUUCUAUUUAUUUUACAUGCAAAUAUACAUGUGCAAAGAAAUCAAACAAAUCGACGUUUCGACCCCUAAAGGGUCUUUUUCAAGAUCAAUAUAAUGUGCAAACAAAUGAAUAUAUAUGGAUAAACAUCAAAUGGACACUUACCAAAAAGAUGUGGGUGAAAGAUUCCCUAUCCGUCCGAACCCGGAAGUGAAACAGUGUGCACCACGUGACCGGCGUGAUGACGCACGUGAUUACGACGUUGCUAGGCAACGAUAGUAAACGAAACUGCAAAUAUGUAAUGCAGAUCGCAAAGUGUAACUAAAGUGAAUAAACAUGAUCACUAAAAGGUGAUCUUCAUAAAGAUGUGAAUGCAUAAAAACUAUGGAGGAAAUAAGAGCUAAAUAGUAUCCCUUAAAUACACUGUGUACACCAUACAGGAAUGUUAUAGCUGGAUAUAGUGCAGAAAUAUAAUAUGUACUAAACAGGGUAUUUAUACCACUCCAAUACAGAUAAAAAAUAUUAAAGGGGACAAGAGACCUAUAUGAGUGUAUAUAUGAAGAAUAUAUAUAAGAGGAAUAUAUAUAAGAUAUAUCAAAGAGAGAGAGAAAAAGAGAAAUAAUCCCAUGUGCAUGCAAACAUGCCUAAUAUAUACAUACAACUUACAACAUAUGAACAUAAGGAGAGCAUGAAUACAUCUAUAGACAAUGAGAAUAACCAAGUAUACUGUAUAGCAUGGAUACUGAGCUAAGAUCUUAAUAAAAAAUAAGAGCUCUUCUAAAUGUGAGUGUAUUACCUUCAUUUUAAUAAUUUUUUACUGGAUCCUGACAAUAUUACACCAUCGGCUAUUUUGUAGUUUUCCCUUUCUCUCCACAUAUACCGAUAUUUUCACCAUCCGGACGGAUCAACUCUUCUUCCCCCUCCCAUCCUGGUAUAUAGAGAGACUUUUUAUGUGACUUAUUUACCAUUUUAUAUUCCUGAGAAUUACCAAUUUUAUUGUACACUUGGGACUUUUUCAAUCCUUACUGUUCUAUUUUAUAUAGGCAUAUUUGUUGUUUUUUGCGUUUUUAACACACAAAUAUAAAUGCUAACUUUGGCCAGUGUUUGUGAAUAUCCUGGGUUGUCUACUUUAAAAAAAUUAAAAAAAACAUGUACAUGUGAGGUGUGAUUCAGAGAUUUAUGACAGAUAACAGUGUUACCAUGUCACUAUUGAUAAAUUUAAAAAAAAAUGUAAUUAUAGCUAUAUAACUUGCAAAAAAAAAAAGCUAAGAACAUGUUAACGUUGGGUAUUUCUAAACAAAAUUAAGAAACUAUUUAGCACAGUGUUUUUGGCAGUUGUAAAUGUGCAACAGAUUUUAGGGGUCAAAGUUAGAAAAACUGUUUGUUUUUUAAAAAUUUUUCAUCAUAUUUUAUAAUUGUUUUAUAGUAAAUUAUAUGAUAUGAUGAAAAUAAUGGUAUCUUUAGAAAGACCGUUUAAUGGUGAGAAAAACAGUAUAUAAUAUGUGUGGGUACAGUAAAUGAGUAAGAGGAGAAUUACAGCUAAACACAAACACAGCAGAAAUGUAAAAACGGCCCUGGUCCUCAACGGUAAGAAUUUUUUUUAAACGGUCUGGUCACUACCAUCAAGGGGGGGAACCUACUGUCCCCGCCCUCCGACCCCCAUCAUGACAGAAUUUCCCCCCUCUUUUGUCAUUUAGGGUCCCCACCUGCCACUCAUGGGUGGGGACCUGUGGGGGAGGGGGAAGAGAGACAUUAGGUUCCCUUUCUACCCUUUUGUCAUUGAAGGGCCCCCACCCACCGCUCAUGGGUGGUGGAGGAAGGGAGGACUUUAGGUAUGUUUUAAAGAAAUCUAAAUCCGAAAGGAAGAACAUAUUCUAAGAGAGGAAGCAAUUGGGGAAAGGUAAGUUCGGCAUGACAUUGCCGCUUUAAGGAAAACCAAACACAACUAGAGGUGUUUACUACGUCCCCUGACAGCUGGCAGCCUCCAGAUUUCAACAGGAAAAUUUGCUAAAUUCAAAUGAAGUAGUAAAAUGCAACUACAGAUUUUUUCCACUAGGUCAUUACAGGUCCAAGAGUUGAUGAGAAAUCCAUUUUGAUCAGCUUAAUUUCAGUACUUAGUGAAAUAUGAUGACUCCGGUUUUAUGAACGUUUGCUGUUUUGUAGAGACAAGAGAUAAGACUAUUAUUACUUAUAAGCUACACAUGGUCUCUUCAUUCUGCCAGUGGAAUACUGAAAUAUUCUCAUUAGGCGUUUCUAAUAUCUGUUUCUCUUAACUCAACAGAACCGUGAUCGCUCACACGAGAGAAGUUGACCCCACCAGACCAGUUACUUAUGUUACUAAUGCGCGAUAUGACAAUGACCAAGGUGUAAGUUUUAUAUUCUUUAUAUUGCUGAUUUGCAAGGUGAUUCUGAAUGCUGCAGUUCUACAGUAUACCUAUUUGUGCCCCAGUUUGUUUAAACCAGCCACAAGUUUGCAUUUGCCUGCCAACAUUUUAGUUUUUCCUCACGGGUCUGGAUUGUUAAUUUAAAUUAUCCUUUGGCUGAACGAGCGGUUAUGAAAUAUGUUGAUCUUCAGAGAUUUGAAGCUUCAGGUCUUUAUAUUUUCUGCUAGGUUAAGGUACUUUAGAUACAGUACAAGGGCAAAGGUAAUAAACAAUCACAGGGAAUAUCUAAAUUAUAAGGCAGUAUCAGAAGUAUCAACAGGCAGAUCAGAAAGGUCAAAGAGCAAGCCUGUAAGGCAUAUGCUGUUAUCAUUCAAAAAAUGUAAUGCCAGAAAAUGGCCGUAGGUUAUGGCACUGAGCAACCAGUGACAUGGCAAGCAGGCUUCUACCGAAAGGUAGUAUAGCAGUGUGGAACAUAACUCUUUAAAGGGCAACUGGUGGCGCUGAAGGCAUGGAGAGUGACAAACAGUCAUGAAACCAUGAAAUGUUCUAUACUUUUUAAAGGAGUAUUCACAAAACUUACUCACUUAAAUGUGAAACAUAACUCUGCAUUCUCUAAUUUGUUGAAAUGAUUUAUUGUCAUAUGUUACAAAUGUAAAAAACUAAACCUAAAAAAAAAUUAAAUACAAAAAGUCCUGCGCUCACUCCCAUCACUCCUUGGCGGCAGCAACGACCACAGUACACAUAAGCUCCAAUACAUAUAGUAAAAACCAAAGAAAAAAGUUACCUGCGCUCUCUCCUUAAUCCCUAUGUAUAUUUAAACAAACGGAGGUCAUUUAGUUACUCCAAUGGCCACUGGAGGGAAUGCCCGCCUGCCAACGUCAAGGCAGACCCCCCUAAAAAGGUCCUUCUCUGACCCUUCACCUUGCUUCUGGCAAAGAUAUCUCUAAUGAGACAGAAAGGCGUAUUCUUUAUAUACACCCCUAUAUACUUAUUAACCCUUAAUAGGGAACACAUGGGAUGUGUUUCUGUCUCAUUAGAGAGAUCUUUGCCAGAAGCUCAAGGAAGCAAGGUGAAGGAUCAGAGUAGGACCCGUCUAGGGGGGUCUGCCUUGACACGGGGAGGUGUGAUUUUUUUUUUUCUAAAUGUAUAAGUAUAUGCCUUUUCUGAAUAGUAGAAUUAUUUAUAUAUGUGUGUGUGUGUGUAGGAUGAAUAGCUUCCAUCUCUGUCCACAUGUUCAGGAAAGGGACUUGAAUACUAUCAAUGCAGGGAGGUGGGCAGGGAAGAUCAAGUAUUCCCCUUGUAGGCAGCUCUGAAAGGGAGAAGCUCAUUAUGCCUGUGCAUAAUUUCCAUGUGCUCUAAUGACAGAUGUAACUUUUGCACGGAAUUGACCUUGGACAAUUCUGUUAAAAUAAAAAAAGGUCAGGUGUGCCGGAGAUGAAACAAAAGUGAAGAUUACUCUGUAUGUAGAGCUCUUCUGUUUAAAAUCUAUAUAGUCAUGGCCACUUACUUCUAAGUGGUAAUGGAGGUUGGAGUAAACGCAAAGGAAGUGUUUAUCUAAGAGUCCACCAAAAAACUCAGUAUAAGAAAAAGCAGGAAAUAUAUGCUUGAUUUCUGUACCUUAGUUACUGUUUUUAAUUAACCGUGUCUUUGGUGUUUAUUUGAGGAGAAAUAUGCCAUGUGAAAUAAACACAAAGGAUUGACAUAUGUGCACAUACUGUAUAUAUUGUUUAGGAUAAUAUUGUUUAGCAGUGUAAUCGUAUAAUGACAUUUUAUACCUCUACCAGCAAAUCACUGUACACUUUCAUAAACACUGAUCAGCCACAAUAUUAAAACCAAUGAAAGGUACCGUAUAUACUCAAGUAUAAGCCAACCCGAAUAUAAGUCGAGGCCCCUAAUUUUACCACAAAAAAACUGGGAAAACGUAUUGACUCGAGUAUAAGCCUAGGGUGAGAAAGGCAGCAGCUACUGGUAAGUUUCUAAAUAAAAUUAGAUCCCAAUAAAAUUACAUUAAUUGAAUAUUUAUGUGUGUGUGUGUAUAUAAUGAAUGCAGUGUGUGUUUGUGUGUGUGUGUAUAUAAUGAAUGCAGAAUGUGUGUAUAAUGAAGGCAGAAUGUGUGUUAUAUAAUUAAUGAAUGCAGUGUGUGUGUGUGUGUAUAUAAUGAAUGCAGUUUGUGUGUAGUGUGUGGGUGUAUAUAAUGAAUGCAGUGUGUUUGUGUAGUGUGUGUAAACUGGGUGGGGGGAGUGCAUUUUUAUUAUUUUAAUAUUUAAUUGUUUAACUUUUGUUUUUUUUUUUUUGUCCCCCCUCCCUGCUUGUUACCUGGCCAGGAAGGGGGGAUAUAGCAGUCCCUGGUGGUCCAGUGGCAUGUACUGAGAAGUGGAGGGGCCGGCAGCAAGCUGUUUACUUACCUUUCCAGCAGCUCCCUUCAGCUCCCUGUGUAAAUCUUGCGCUCUGCGUGCCGCGCGGAGUGUUGCCACAGUAACCCGUGGCAACGCUCUGACGGCCACAGGACUUGUGAGGUUUACACAGGGAGCUGAAGGAAAGGUAAGUAACAGCUUGCUGCUGCCCCCCUCCCCAGGACCGCCGGGCUUAUACUCUAGUAUAUACGGUAAAUAAAAUUAAUUUUGUUACAAUGGCACCUGUCAUGGUGUGGGAUAUUAUGUAAGCAUGGCGCAGGAAAAUUGGGCAGGCACAAAUAGUUAUGGCUAGAUGAGUGGGUCAGAGCAUUCCAAAAUGGCAACUCUUGUGGGCUGUUACUGGUAUGCAGUGGUACAGUGGCAGUGGUAUGCAAGUACCUACCAAAAGUGGUGCAAUGAAGGGACAACCAGUGAACCGGUGUCACUCAUGGGUACCCAAGGCUCAUUGGUGCACAUGGUGAGUGAAGGCUAGUAGAUUAGCUCAGAACUAGACCAUGGAGCAAUGGAAGAAGGUUCCCUAGUCUGAUAAAUCACAUCUUCUUUUAGAUCAGGUGGUUAGAUGGGUGCACCGUUUACCUGGGGAAGAGAUGGCAGCAAGAUGCAGUAUGGGAAGAAGGCAGGCUGGAGUAUGCAGUUUUGUGCUCUGGCGUGCCUGGGAACCUUGGGUCCUGGCAUUCAUGUGGAUGUUACUUCAUGGCAAUGGUGUUCUCUGAUGGCAAAGACCUCUUUUAGCAGGGUAAUGCACCCUGCCACACUGCAAAAAUUGUUCAAGAAUGGUUUGAGGAACAUGACAGCGUUCAAGUUUGUGCCUUGGUUUCCAAAUUCACCAGAUCUUAACCUGUCUAUCUGGGGGGAUGUGCUGGAACUACAAAUUUGAUCCAUGGAGUCCCCACCUUGCAACUUGCAGGACUUAAAGGAUCUACUGCUCAUGUCUUGGUGCCAGAUACUACAGCACACAUUUAGAGAUCCUGUUGAGUCCAUGCCUCAGAAUUGUUUUGGCAACACAAGGAGAAACUACAUGAUAUUAGGAAGGUGGUUUUUAAUGUUGUGGCUGAUCAGUGUAUGAUUACCAUUCCUGAAUGUGUGGUUAUGUGGCUAUUUGUCACUCUCUGAUUCCCACUAGGCAGUUAAACAGUAAUUUUAUUAGAUCUUAUUAUUUGACAGACAUCUGUAAUGUCUUCAUUCAAUUACUAUAAUACUGAUCUACUAAUUGUUGCAUCCAUGUGUCUGUAGGCUCCAUAUGUCGAUGUGAUAUGUGUCAAUAGCUAUUUUUCAUGGUACCAUGAUGCUGGACAUCUUGAAGUGAUUCAGAUCCAGCUCACUUCAGAAUUUGAGAACUGGUAUGAGACUCACAGAAAACCAAUAAUACAGAGUGAAUAUGGAGCUGAUACAAUUCCUGGAUUUCACAAUGUGAGUUCUAUAGUCUUUGUCUUACUUUAAUUAUUAUUUUAUUAAAGCACCAACAAAGUCCGCAGUGCUGUACAAUGGGUGGACUAACAGACAAGUAUUUGUAACCAGACAAGUUUGAUGUGUGGUAGUGCCAUCGACUUGGAAGGACACAGUCAAGGAAGGAGCAACACUUAAGGGAGGGAAGAAAAGUUCUCUUCGACAGGUUAAAUUUAAGAAAGUGACUAGCCAUCCAGUUAUAAAUAGCAGCAGAGAGGCAGUCGGACACGAGUCAAGAGGGAUGGCAAGAGAUUGGGAGAAGACAUCCAGAUUUGUGUGUCAUCCACAUAGAAAUUAUAUUGAGAGUCAAAGAAACUGAUGAGGGAGGCAGUGUAGAUCAAGAACAUUGAGGGACCAAGGACAGAACCUUGUGGAACACCAGCAGAAAAGGGUUACAGAGAAGAUCCAGAGAAAGAAACCCUGAAAUAGCUCUGGGACAGACAUGAGGAGCACCAGGAGAAAGCAGUUUCUCGUACACCAAGGUUAUGGAGGAUGAGAAGAUGUUGAUGAUCAACAGUGUCAAAAGCAGCAGUAAAGUCAAGGAGAAUUAGGAUAGUAUAGUGAUCACUAGAUUUUGCGGCAAUUAAAACAUUGGAUACUUUUGUUAGAGCCGUUUCGAGAGAGUGACGAGUGUGGAAUCCAGACUAAAGUGGGUCAAGCAAAGCUGUUGAUUCAAUGAAGUUGGUCAAUCUCACAUACAAAACUCUCCUUAUAGAACAGCAGAUGCACUUACAAUAGUAUUGGACAGUGAAGGAGCAGAUGGCGACUAGGGGCUCUUCAGCAGGGGAGCUGCAAGAUGGCAGUAACAAUGUGACACAGCUCUCAAAAGAGUAAAUAAAAGCACAUGUAUAUUGGCAUUAUGGUAAAAAGAAAAAGAGCAUCAUACUCAUUUAAUGGUAUAUUGCAGGACCCUCCAGUAAUGUUCACUGAGGAAUACCAAAAAAUGGUGCUACAGAACUAUCACUCUGUGUUUGAUGAAAAAAGAAAGAAAUAUGUCAUUGGAGAGCUCAUCUGGAAUUUUGCUGACUUUAUGACCGUACAAGGUACUAGUAUGCCCUUUAUCUAUCUCUUUGAUUUUGGCUUUGCCAACUGCCAUAGUCUUUGUUUGUAUGGUCAUUUGCAUCCCGCACUGAAAGGGGUUUCCAUUGCUGAGGACCUCUGCUCCUUCACACUUCCCAAGAAUGGGAGUGGAGGUAAUGAUGGACACACACAGCCUGCCUAUUGUAUGCAUACAGAACACAAUUUCACAUACCUUUAAUAAUGUGUGGGAGACAUGAUAGUGUAACAUAUUUAGCUAUUAUUAAAACAAAUGAAGCCAUUAUUUACCGACACACGCACUAACACAUAAUACUGCUCAGUACCACCCCUCAUCCUCGCACUAAUACUCAUUUUACAUACAUUUGUUUUAUUAAUAGUGCAAUCAGUGCUGUAGUAGUAAUACAGCUUGUGUGUGUGAAUGUAUAUACACAGGAUAUGCACAAUUUGUGUUAAAGGUGUUGUGAAAAUAUAAUUGUAAUGUUAACACAAUAGAUCACAUUCAUUUAAGUGCUUGUUAUACAGUAAACCUGAUAAUGAUAUUGCCAUUACCAGGAAUAAAAAUACAUUCACAUUUCCUAUAUCCUCUUCCCAUUUCCAUUUCAAUGAGAACAUGCCAAUAACUGUAAUGGCUCUACAGGGUGAACUCUAAAGUUUUUAGUUCUUGUUCCAAAAUGCACAAUUCAUAAUCUUUUCCCAUGUGUACUUUUACCAUCUUUCCUAUGGUUUUUCAUCUCUUUUAUUCAAUAAUAAAAUAACAUUUCUUGUUAUGCCUUAGUUUACUUACAGCUGUAGUUAUAAAUAAGUAUUUUUAAUAAAAAGCAAAAGAGGAGUGCACAAAUGUUACACACUUUAAAAUAUUUAUGUCAAGCUCUAAGGAGAAUAUUAAUUAAAAAUUAAAGUAUAAGAAAUUAUUUAAGUGAAUUAUAAUUGACAAAAAUCUGAGGAUUCCCUGGCUUCACUUAUCAUCAAACUGUUUGACGACAGCUGGAGGGUCUGCACCUGAGUGUACCUUUAAUGAUCGUAAAAAACAAACAAGAAAACCUUGAAAUGCGUUUGAAUUACAUGUAAUGAUUAACUUUUCCAUUUCUGUUUUGCUCAUGUAGGGGUAACCCGAGUUGUGGGGAACAAAAAGGGCAUUUUUACUCGACAGCGCCAGCCUAAGUCCUCUGCAUUCAUUUUGAGAGACAGAUAUUGGAAGAUGGCUAAUGGCACCACCUCCUUCAGCCAAAUGCCUAGGUAUUAAAUAUUACUCUCAUAACAUGUCUGGAAGUCAGCGAUGGGUAUGCAGGAAGAAGUAGCUGUAGAAUGGCUGCACACUUUUGCGAAUGAUGACUGGCUUAUGGCCUCCCAUUUUUUAAGCAACUCUUGGCCAAUUUGGGAAUUGUUUGUUAAUCUCAUAAAUGAAUAUAUAUAUUUUUUUUUUUUUAAUGAAUGUGCCAAAUAAUUACCUCAGAAAUACAUUGUUAGUAUACACGUCAAAGUGUAUAAUGUUUACCUAACUUGCAUAAUGUUUACCUAACAAACUCCGUUACAUAUUUGUAUCCUGGAGAUACAAAGUAAAAGUACUGAAAUAAUUAUAAAAACGAUUUAAUUUAUGAAUCUGCCAAUAUCAACCCUAUCAAAAAUCUACGCUUUACCUUCUUUUGUGAUGAUUGAUUUUUAUUUUUAUUUUUUGCACUCAACAUAUCUUUGUAAUAAAAUAGCGGCUCGAAGAAAAAGAGUAUGCUUAUUUUCCUAAAUAAAUAGAUUCGGUUUUUAUUACAUAAGGCUGUGUACUUUUGUGUUUUUUGUUUUUGUUUUUUAAUGUGACCAAGUAUAAUUUGCAUGCGUAAUUAUCAUUUAUUUGCUACAUAUUUGUCAAUCUCUGGAAUGUUUCCUUUUAUAAUUCUAAAUAAUUAAAAAUAUCAUAACCGAGAUUAUUUGUCAGUUAGUGUGAUGGGAGUAGCGGUACCAAAACGAGCAACCUUUGAUGGGAAUUAGUUAAAGGGACACUAUAGUCACCUGAACAACUUUAGCUUAAUGAAGCAGUUUUGGUGUAUAGAACAUGCCCCUGCAGCCUCACUGCUCAAUCCUCUGCCCUUUGUUUAUGAACCCUAGUCACACCUCCCUGCAUGUGACUUGUACAGCCUUCCAUAAACACUUCCUGUAAAGUGAGCCCUAUUUAGGCUGUCUUUAUUGCAAGUUCUGUUUAAUUCAGAUGUUCUUAUCCCCUGCUAUGUUAAUAGCUUGCUAGACCCUGCAAGAGCCUCCUGUAUGUGAUUAAAGUUCAAUUUAGAGAUUGAGAUACAAUUAUUUAAGGUAAAUUACAUCUGUUUGAAAGUGAAACCAGUUUGUUUUUUUUCAUGCAGGCUCUGUCAAUCAUAGCCAGGGGAGGUGUGGCUAGGGCUGCAUAAACAGAAACAAAGUGAUUUAACUCCUAAAUGACAGUGAAUUAAGCAGUGAAAUUGCAGGGGAAUGAUCUAUACACUAAAACUGCUUUAUUUAGCUAAAGUAAUUUAGGUGACUAUAGUGUUCCUUUAAAUAACUCCACACACACACAAAGCACUUCAGUUAGCUUGGUGAGACGUAUCCUAUUUUAUCCACAGUUUAUAAAAGCUUCAAUUUAUAUGAGAAAUUUGCACUUUUAUCAUUAACUUAUGGUACACCCCACUGGUUGUCAGUCAGGCAGCCAGGGAGGUUUGUUUCCUCAGGAGAGCCAAUGGAAGUGGCAGGCACACUUUAUUUGGGUUAAAACUACAGGGCUACUGCACUUAGACGACUUCAAUGAGAUUUUGUAGUCCUUUCACCAUAAUACACAUGCAGUUAUUCACUAAAAUCUGAAAAUACUCCAGAUUGCAAACAUUUUGUAAAAAUCAUCAGCUUUCCGCCAUAUUUGCUAUUCAGAUGUUUACUAAAGGUAAAUAGGUGUUUAAUCUGGUGGUUUGCUUAAUUGUACAUAUCCCAUUUGAAGUAAUACAGUGAUUUCUACCUGUUACUUGCUGAAUUUGCAGAAAAGGCACACAAAAUAAACCUGCUUCUUGCAAACAAAAGCAACAAUUAGCAAUAUUCAACUGUAUUAUAGGUGUGACAAUCAAGCAUAGAGGGCAUUAUUAUUUAUAAAGCGCAAACAAAUUCUGCAGCGCUGUACAAUGUGUGGACUAACCGAAAUGUAUUUGUAACCAGACAAGUUUGACACACAGGAACAGAGAGGGAUUGAGGGCCCUGCUCAAUGAGCUUACAUGCUAGAGGGAGUGGGGUAUAGUGACACAAAAGGUAAGGGUAGGGUAGAAAAUUAGGUUGCUAGGAUAGUAUUCAUUGAGGGCUUAGUGUUUUGUUUUAUGACAUAAUAAAGCUAAAAAUAGAGAAAAGGGUUACUGUAAAACAUUUAGCCUAUUGGUCUCAAUAAACCCGCUUAUUUAACUUUAAAAACCGAACACAAAGUAACCUUUUAACUUGCCUUGAAUCCAGCACUGGGCAAUGUCCUCCUCACUUGUUUUCACACUCUCUUUCUCUAUAGGAAGCAUUUGAUUGGACCAUUUUCCCUAGUACAGAUAGCAUGCGUGCACUCUGAGCCAGGGAAGGCUUCAAAGCUCACUGUACUGCAAAGAGCCCCAGAUGGAAUUUUUAAAAAAAAAAAUUUCCCCUUCCAAGUGAGUGGGUUAAUAAUAAUAACGGCAGACAUUAGGCUUCUAGAGUAGGACCUGCCAAAAAUGGGGUACAUUGAUGUUUUGACAGGCUUAUGCAAUGUAUAAUCAUAUAAUAUAACUAAACCCCCAUUAUUUUUGCCUCGAAUAGGGUUUUUCCCUUCAGAUUAGAGGCAGUGCUUGACAAAUGGGAUUUGUAAUCUGGAGGGAAAAAACAGGCAGGCAAACCCCCAAGCCUUAUAAAUAUCCACUUACCCCAAACAGCCCCAGUUCUUUGCUUGCCUUCGGCAGAGGAGGGUGACACAUGGUGAGAGGGCUGAGGCUCGGGUGGCUCUGUUUCUUCUUGGUUCCGGACAGGGGUAAGCACGCCGGACAGCUGAAUCCCCUCUGUUUUUUAUGUGGCUACCGUCUAUACCGCGCCAGGUGCCGGGCAGACGAGGGGCGCAGGAAUGCGCCAGCUGAGAAGUCCUGGCGGUGGAACGCACGUACAGGUUACGUUGCGUUCCACCAGGAAUUCACGGUGCGCACUGCCCAUGCGCAAUGCGAUUCGAAUUCAGGCGCCAAAAUCUGACAACAAAUAUUUUUAUUUUUUUCCCCAUUCGUUCAGUUUUGGUUUUACAGGACUUAAAGAGGUCAUUUCACCAGCAGCAACUAACUGUUUACCAGGUGCACUCAGACUCUGUUGCAAGUGUGUUGUCACCUGCCCUCCAACACACUUUGAGACCAUUUAAGGUAAGACUUUUUGCUUUUAUUUUAAAUGGCUCUAGUCUGAAUUGAAGGAGAUUUAAAAAAAAUUCCUCUCUUUUCUCUCCUCUCUCCUCAGUAUGUCUAAUCCUGAGACUACAGAUAGAAUUUCAGAGAGGGGUAAAUGUUCUGCAAAAACCAAACAUCUAAGUUGCGCUGCAUGUUCUCAACCCAUGCCAGAUGGAUGUAAAAGGAAACUUUGUUCUAUAUGUUCCAAAGAGGCUUCUGAGGAAGCAAAGAAAUCAGAAAUGUCCACAUUCCUAAACUGGCUCCAGCAAAGUAAGCAACAAACUUUUGUGGAAAUGCAGAUGGCAGCCAUUCAGUCUGCUCAGGCUUCUGUUUGUCAGGAUUUGUCUGUAGUAAAACCGGCUAAGAAAAGGCCUAGAUCCUGGGAAUUAUCAGACGAAGGCUCAGGGUCUUGUAUGUCUGAUUCUAGAGAUGAGAAAUCUAGUGAUUCAUCUUAUGAGGAAUUUGCGUUUCCAGAGGAAUCAAUUGGAAAAUUAGUAAAGUAAGUCCAGUACCUGAUGGAGGAUGUGAAAACAGGGAAGAAAUCUAAAGUUUUCCCAUUUCAUCCAAAGCUAAAGGAUUUGGUUUUAAGAGAAUGGAAAUUUCCAGUGCGAAAGCCGUUUAUGUCAAAACACUUUUCCAUUGAUAUGGAUCCUGAGUGCCUGCUGGAUUCGGUUCCAUCAGUAAACGUUCCUAUUGCUCAGCUGGGAAAGAAAACCACUUUACCUAUUGGUGAUUCAAGUGGCUUAAAAGAUGCUAUGGAGAGACGUGUGGAUUCUUCUUUAAAGAAAAUGUUUGUCUCCUCAGCUGCACAAGCAAAAGCUCUUAUUGCAGGUACUUUUGUGAAUCUAAGAAAGACCCUGUAAAGUUGUUGAAAAAUAUCAAGAUGUCAUCAGAUUUUUUUAGUAGAUUCCUCUUCAGAAAGUCGGAAGUUAUCAGCUAAGGCUCUGGGUCUAGCUACAGUGGCUAGGAGAGGACUAUGGCUGAGAAACUGGUCAGCUGACUCAGCAUCCAAAAAUUCUUUAUGUGACCUUCCAUUUGAACCUGAUAGACUUUUUGGAUCUAAGCUGGAUGAUCUGUUAAAGCAGAUGAAGGAAGGUAGGAAAGCCUUGCCUGAAGUCUACAGGAAACAGGUUUGGAAUAAGAAAAUUUUGGAGUCCAGCCCACCACAGAAUGCUUACAGGGGUCAACAAAGGAAAGUAUUUGAUUACAGGAGAAAAGAGAAGUUCACUGAUGAGGAAUAGAAUGUUAAGACGCCAUCCCGGUUGGAGGAAGACUGACAGAUUUCCUAGAUUGCUGGCAAAUGACUACCUCGGAUCGCUGGGUUCUCUCAGUGAUAAAGAACGGUUAUUUUCUGGAUCUAUCAGAGAUCCCAAAAAGAGAAUUUUUAUGCUGUACGGCCCAUUCACCUGCGACAGAGAAAACAUUACUGCAAGAAGUAUCAAAGCUCCUUCAAAAGAAGGUCAUAGAAGGAGUGCCCCUAAUAGAAAGAUUCCUGGGCACUUAUUCAAGACUUUCUUUUGGUUCCAAAACCAGACGGAUCGUUCAGACCCAUUCUAGAUAUCAAGUCCGUCAAAAAUUUUAUUCUAAAAAAGAAGUUCCAUAUGGAAUCAAGAAAGUCCGCAAGGCAUCUUAUUCAACCAGGAAAUUGGUUUUUCUCUGGAUCUAAAAGAUGCCUAUUUACAUGUACCCAUCGCAGAAUCCAGCAAAAGAUUCCUAUGGUUUGCUAUCUUCCUCCAAAAUGUAACUAUGCAUUACCAAUUCAGAGCCCUUCCCUUUGGUCUGUCGUCUGCCCCAAGGGUGUUCACAAAACUGCUGGUAGUCGUCUCAGCAUAUCUAAGAAGAUUAGGCAUCUAUGUCAUCCCUUAUUUAGAUGACUGGCUGUUGAUUGCGGAGUCGAAAGAACAACUGUGUUUAGACCUUAUGACGUCUUUGGACUCUCUAAAAAAUCAUGGUUGGUUGAUAAAUUUCGAAAAGUCGGAAUUAGUCCCAGUCCAAAGGAUUCAGUUCCUGGGUCUGAUUAUAGACUCCAUCUCCAUGAAGAUUUUCCUUCCAGAAGAAAAUAGAAAGAAGAUUACUCAAACUAUUCAGAAGCUCAGAGAGAAAGGUUUGUUCUCCAUCAGAUAAGCAAUGAGCUUGCUGGGUCUUUUACAGCUGCUAUCCCGGCAGUCUGUUGGGCAAAGGCCAGAAUGAGACCCCUUCAAAGAAACAUUUUAAAGAUAUGGAAUUCAACAGUCAGACGCUGAAGAGUUUUCUAUGGUGGACCUCAUCUCGAUUCCUGCGUUCAGGACUUUCUUUUCAAAAUUAAGUCUUUAAGAAUUUUAACAGACACCUCGGCUGUCGGCUGGGGGACUCAUGUAGGAGACCUAAAGAAGCCAGGGCUUUGGCAAGUAAAAGAUUUAAGAACUUCUUCGAACUACAAAGAACUAAAGGCGGUCUGGCUGGCUUUCCUGGCUUUUCAGUACCAGAUCCAGUAUUAACAUGUUCAGAUCCGGUCAGACAAUUCUACGACAGUUGCACAUGUGAACAAACAAGGCAGAACAAGAUCGACGAAAUUAGAAAGUCUAUGUUCCAAAAUCAUGCUAUGGUCAGAAGUACACCUUCUCUCAAUUUCAGCAGUUCAUAUAAUGGGAAAAUUUAACGUGUUGGCAGAUGCUUUAAGUCGUCAACAAUUAAAGCAAACAGAUUGGUCCCUUUCUGUCGAGGUUUCAAUCAAAUUACAAGGAUUUUGGGUUGUCCAGAAAUAGACCUUAUGGCUUCAAGAGCAAACAGGAAAACGAGUCGAUUUGCUUCCCUGAUCCCUGCAGACAUACCAGAGGUCAUAGAUUCCCUUUCGAUACCCUGGAAGUUCAACCUAUCAUAUGUGUUUCCUCCGGUGGCUCUUAUUCCCAGAGUUCUACAAAAGAUCAAGUUGGAAAGUGUGAAAAUUAUCAUAAUUCUCCCUGGGUGGCCAAGAAGAAGUUGGUUCUCAAUUCUCCUAAAUAUACCCGGUUCCACUUUUUGGAAACUUCCCCUGUCAGUAGAAAUACUGGAACACUCCAUGGUACCUCUUCCGACUCUACAGAGAUUCAAAUUGACGGCCUGGUGUCUGAAUACCAGAUUUUAAAGAAUAAGGGUUUAUCUCAGGAGGUUAUUAAGAUUUUAAUGGCUGCUAACAAAGAAUCUACAUCUAAAAUUUAUUCCAGAAUAUGGAAGAAAUUUUGUAACUGGUGUUUUAGGAUAAAAGUUAAUCCAAUUACCACUUCCAUUCAAAACAUCCUUAAUUUCCUUCAAAUGGGCUUUGCGAAAGGUUUAAAACCGGCCUUGCUCAAGGUGCAAGUCUCAGCUAUCAGUUUCUUUUCUUUCAGAUGUUUGGCAUCGAAUAUUCUUAUCUCCAGAUUUUUCAAGGCACUGUCCCGUUUGGUUCCCAACAUUAGGGAAACUUGUCCGCCUUGGGAUCUUAAUUUAGUUUUAACAGCUCUGUGUGAGCCUCCCUUUGAACCUCUAGAGAAAUCGUCUCUGAAGGUUUUAUCUUUCAAAAUUUUGUUUUUGGUGGCCAUUACCUCAGCUAAAAGAUUGGGUGAACUCCAAGCUCUUAUUGCGAAUUUUCCCUUUUUGGUUUUUCAUCAAGACAAGGUGGUCUUAAAGCUGGAUCCUUCUUUUAUACCUAAGAUUUUGUCUUCAUCUAACAUCAAUCAAGAAUUAGUGUUGCCUACUUUUUGCCAAAAUCCUUCCAAUGCUUUGGAAAGGAAAUGUCACUGUCUUGAUGUUAAGAGAUGUCUGCUUCAAUAUCUGGAAUGUACUAAGACAUUUAGGAAAUCUAACAGUCUUUUCGUUUCAUUUCACGGUUCUAGAAAAGGUUUGAUGGCUUCAAAAGGCUCUCUGGCCAGAUGGCUGAAAGAUUGCAUUCGUUUGGCUUACUCCACCAGCAACGUUACUGUACCUUUCCCCGUCAAAGCUCAUUCUACCAGAGCUGUAUCCACAUCGUGGGCCCUUCGGGCAUUGGCUACACCUUCUCAAAUUUGCUCUGCGGCCACAUGGUCAUCUCUUCAUACAUUUUCUAAACAUUACAGGUUAGACAUACUGGCCUUGGAAGACGCAUCUUUUGGGUGCAAGGUGUUACAAGCAGUGGUGAAGUGAGACCCGCCCUGAGGGGAUUGCUUUGUUUAUCCCAUUUGUCAAGCACUGCCUCUAAAAAAAAAUUUCCGGAAGAUUAGAGGCAGUGCUCACGUUCCACCCUUUUUUCUAAUAAACUUGAAUUUUGCAGUUACCCGGCUUUUGUACUUUCUGGGGCUGUUUGGGGUAAUUAAUGUGCUGAAAAACUCGACAUAUAUGGUAACUUUAAGACCAGCUUGCUAAACAUUCCUUAACCCCUUAAGGACCAAACGUCUGGAAUAAAAGGGACUCAUGACAUGUCACAUAUGUCCUUAAGGGGUUAACACAGCAUCAGUUUGAAAUUCCUUUACACAGAACUCUUCGCAUCAUCACGGCAGCACAGCAUAGCGCAAUAAAACUUUUAGAUGCCAGUGAGUUAAUUUCUCACUAUUGGCUACAAUUCUAAUAGGCAGAAUAUCUUUUAUAUUGCAGUUGACAAUAUAAUCUCUCAUACCAGUUCAUUUCACCAUUCCUUCUCAUCCAAUAAUAGUAAUUCAAACUAGAUUUUACCAUAUGCAGAAUUUUAGCUUUCUUAAUUCAGGUAAGUAAAUAUCUCUGGGUAAAAGUUCAGUAUUCUAAUGUUGGCAAAUUACCAGUGAAUAUAUUGUUUAAUGUAUAGAUUAAAUAAUGUGUUUAAUGUGUAGAUACCCUGACAGUUUCACCCCAAAGGCUGAAACAAGUCAUACGUGUGAAUUGUCAGGAAUUUGUGAAGGGUUAUUCAAUAAAGUAAGAUUUCCAAAUUAAUCUCAGUUUUAAGGCUAAAGUAGCCAAACUGGAACCAUUGCUCAUGUAUAGAAUAUUUUCAGCUCUGCUAUUUUUUUUUUUUUUUUUUUAAUUCUUUAUUUUGGUGGUGCAAAGCAAGGUCAUGGUAUUACAUUACAGUAUUAGCCAGACAUUGGCUGCAAUAUUGUACAAUGGUAAAGCUUUAACAGAGCACCUUUUUGGUUUUAUAGACAGAUUAACAGGAAUGAACAGUAGAUUUGAGUUAAAGGUAAAGGGUUAAGACAAAUAGCAGAGGCAUAUCAGUAUAAUAGCAUCAUAAGUGUUACAUAAUAGGUUUCUCAGACUGAUUCUGCAUAUUUUAAACUUUGGAAGAGUAUUAACCAAGUGUUGAGUAACAUGCUAGAUAGUCCAUUACUGUGAUUACUAGGGGGAAGGGGUAAAACAUGAAUAGGCUUGCUUCUAUAGUAGUUAAAUGUGGAGUAACAUGCUAGACAAUACAUGGCUGUAAUUACUUAUGUAUUUGCUGUUCAGGAGUGUGCUAAUUGCAAUACGGUUGGUGUUGAUAGUCUAAUGUUUGGUCGGUUACAUGCUAGAUCUUUAAGAUAGUUGUGUAAACCCCCUGGGGUUGGGCUAGCCGCUUUGGGGUACAUAGGCAUAUUGAGUGUGAUCGCGAGUUGAAGUAUGCAUGCCUUAGUAGCCAAGUAGGGGUGAAGGGGUUAAUACCGCCAUUUCUUAUUCGCCAUUUGUGGUUCAGCGUACCCUUGCCAAAAAAUGACACGUUUAUCACAGUGGUCAUUGCUACACUUUCUUGACAUAGAUUAUGUAAAGUAGGACUUGCUAGCUGCUAGGCACGUCUCAUCUGACGGUACAAUAAAGUAAGUUCUAUAUGCUAUUAAUGAAGAAGCAGCGUGGGAAAUACAUUUUACGCUCAAAGUGUGCCAGCUUAUAACCUGGUACAAGAUGCAGCCUUUUACCUGAGUAAACAGUGUAUAGGGUUACAGAAUAAAAUUUAAAUUGAGGGUAAGCAAUAAAAAGAAAAACAGCACUUCUGAGACAUUCCUAGUUUCGGUCAGAGUCCAGUUUAGCGGCCUUGUAUUGUCCCUUUGUGGGAGGAAGGAGUCCUGGCACGGGUAUUUGGGCAUCAGGGUCUUUACCAACCUGCCUAGGUAGUGCUGUGCUAUGCAAGGCUUAAAGGUCGGGUCUAUGGGUUGCCUUUUGUAAUUUAUAGAGAUUCACCCUUUCUGGUUGGCCAGUUGAGGUCACUUAGUUAGUGACAACAUUCGGACUAUAUGAUCCUGGCCGAAGGGCAUCUAUUAAGCUAGACAAAAUUAGCAUUUCUGGUUUGAGCUCUGAGUGACUAGUUCAGAUAGCUAUCCGAACAAGUCAAUCAGUGGUCUAUAAAUUUAGGGUGGCCCAUCUGACAAUGUUCAGAGGUGGGAGAUAGCCCCUCUGGUUCCUGGCUGACAUGCCAACUGUCAUUCUGUCUGUGGGCUGGGAAUUAUGUACUAAGAUAUGUUGUAUGGGGCUUAGUUGAGUAUGUGGUGGGCUAUGUGUUUGCUCUUAGUAGUGUUGUGUAUAAUUAUCCUAUAUCAAUUGAGCAGGUGGGAGGGAAGCCUCUGCGAUUUAUGUGGUGGGGUCCCAGCGAGGAGGUUAUACCAUGCAGGUUAAUUUGAUGUGUGCACAUUGUGGAGUGCUGGUUGUGCCUACUAGGGGUGAUGGGUGUCGAGUACUGAGUGUGCAGGCAAUGUUAAACGUAACGUUGAACUAAGAGUGUGACACAAAGUAUAAGUGGGGGUUGUAGAGCACUGCUUUCUGGCAGUGGUCUACGUGAGUUCUCGCUGGGAUCUAGGCAAAGAGAUAAGUAGCUGCCUAAUAGAUGAGAUCAAAAAUACAGACAGUCGGUUGGACUGAGAUUAUCUAACGCUUCCUAGAGUUGUAAAGUCCUCCGUGGGUGGUUACCAGUCCGGAGGUGUGCGGGAGUAACUAUGUGCCAACAUUAGAGUUAGUCCUGGCACAUCUCACGGUGAGCUAGAUGGCGGGCUGCGAAUAGUGAGUGAUUCAUUCCUGCGGUAUAUGUUGGUCCUCAGGAAGUGUCUCUCAGCGGGGUGGGCGAGGGUCUCUUCGUGUCAUGUAGGUUGCGGUACCCUAUGUGGUAACUGCAGCAUAGGAGUCCGGUGUCGAGCCCUGGGGGAAGAAAGGUAUGAUCCUUGUUGGGUCCCAUGUGUGUGCCGGGGAUGCGGUGUCGGGCAGCGUGUCCUGCUGUAUGCCAAGAGCCCGUAGCAUGUCAGGAGCUUCCUGAAUGUCCUGAAUGUUGUACGUAUCCGGCCCCUGCUGUACCGUGAGCAUACGGGGGGACCGCCAUCUGUAGGUGAAGUUGUGUUUCUGAAGCAGAGAUGUGAGCGGCAGGAGUGAUCUACGCCACGCUAGUGUGCCAGCGGACAGAUCAGCAAAGAAGGUCAGCACCAUAGUUCCAAAGCGGUAUGGGGUGUUUCCUCGCAAGGCCGCGAGUACUGCCGCUUUGUCGUUGUGAGUGCGGAAGGUGAGUAUGACAUCUCUGGUGGCUUUGGCUGGUGCUUUGGCUGGUUUUGGGACUCGGAAGAUGUUGUCAGGGGUGCCUAUCUUGGCUUGGGCAGGCGGUAGUAUUGUCGUUAACAGACGCUUCAUGGUCCCCGGUAGCUCCGCUUCCGACACUUCCUCAGGGACCCCCCUGAUCUUUAUAUUUAGUCUCCUCCUAGAGUCCUCCUGUGCUGCGAGGCGGCGGUCAUACUGUUUGGUCAGGAGUUGCAGGUUUUGCACAGCUUGUUGGAGCGAGACUAUGUGCUGGGAGUUGGAUUGAGCUGAUCCUUCUAGGUUAGUAAUGCGGCCUGUCAGGCCUUUCAGAUCCUCCCGCAGUGUAAUGACGUCUGCAUGGAUGUGUUGCCGGAGGUCGGCCAGCAGCGCUUUGAGGACUGUCGUGGUGACUGGGUCGGUGUCAGUGCUUGUCGUGCUAUGAUUCACCCUCCGUAGUGGGGCUGGGGUCUGCGGGUAUUCUUCUAACUCCUCGGAGAGUUCUUCAGAGAAGUCGGAACAUCCGCCAUGCAGUGCCGCCAUAUUGUGGCCGUUGGCACCUCGUGUUUGCCGCCACAUCUCCCCGAUCGUGAGCCCCGAGGUGGGCUUGUUUGGUACCGAUUUUUUUUGUUUUUCGUCCCAUGUGAGUUCUGGGGACCUUUCUAUCUCUCUGGGGGGUGGGGGGUCAAUUCAGACUCUAGUUUCAGCGGGUGGUGUAUGGAGCUGCGAGUACUUGCGACCGUUCUCUUCAGCGUUCAUGCUCCGCCCCCAGCUCUGCUAUUUUUACCUUGAAUUUACUUUAAGUUCUCACUACAGUGAAUAACACCAAGCAAAUUUCCAAUUUUAAGCCACAACAACCAAAUUGGAGAGUAAAAAAAACAAAAACACUGCUAUGGAUACAGUUCAGCUAUUAUAUCCUAAAAUGUGAAAAUAUCUUGCAACUAACGACAAUGUCAUUCCUGUUGACAAAUAUAUUUGAUCAUGAUGGUUUCCCAUUUUAAAUACAAUGUUUAACUUUGUACGUUAUAUAUGAAGAAAGUACUUGGUGGAGGGGCAUAGUUUCUUAAUUCUGGUUUUGGACACUGGUUACUAACAUAUAAUUACAUACAAAUCUGGCUAUAAUGCAGUUAACUUAAUUUUUUUAAAUAUUCAGGAGCCUCAAUUAAAUUUAUUGGAGUAUUCAACAGAACCAAAUUCAUUCCCCCUGUCCUGUGUAGAGCGGCCGAGCCACAUCCACAGUGAAGGAGCUUGUCUACCUGGUUUGACAGGAAGCAGUUUGGCUCUCUCUGCACUCACUUCCUACCAGGCCGCAUAGAGGGAACCAAGCGCCUCUACCACAGUUAGCAGCUUGGCCACACUACAUGAAAUGAGCAGCGCGCUCCCUUCUACCGGUCAGCUGGAUUCUGCCCCCCGGACCAGUGCACCCUAAGGCGGCAGCCUUAUGGUAGCAACACCCCUGAGGUUUGCAAGACACAUUGCACCCUCUAAAGAGCUGCAUGCAUCAUUUAGGAGUUAGAUCAUUUGUUUCUGCACAUGCAGCCCUGGCCACAUCUACCCUAGCUGUCCCUGACACACUGCAUGAAAAGUGGUUUCAUUUUUAGUCAGAUAUUAACAUGCCUUUAAGUUUUUAUCUCCUCCUGUGUAAAUUGAACUUUAAUUUCAAAUGUAUCUUCUGCACGUUUAAUAGCCUCCCGUAUGUGAUUAAACAGAAUUUGCAACAAAGGAAGUAUAAAUAUUAGAUGUCUCUUUAGAGGAAGUGUUUAGGAAGGAUGUGUAAAUCACAUGCAAGUAGGUGUGCUUAGGUCUGUAUAAACUGAUUUACCUACUUAAUGGCAGAGACAUGAGCAGUGUCCCUUUAAGGAGGAAGUAUGUCUAGAAGUAGUGAGUCUGAGGCGCCUUUUUCAGCCAAAUGUAAACCAUUGGCUUUUCAAAUAAACAGUAAUGUUUACAUGAUGAAAACAUUUGCAAAUUAAAAUUAGUAAUAAAAACCGGGCGUCAUUUAACUGUCUCCCACAGCUUUAUGUAUGGAUGUUAUGUAUCUCAUUUCACCUUCAUUAUUCAGGCUGGAACAUCAGUUUGAUUUGCAAAUGUUGUCAGAUGGUUUUCACAAGAUUUGUUAAUAUUGGCUACCCAAGGUUUCAGAAUGCUUUCCAUGGUCCACAAACCGAGGGGGUCAUUAGUAAAAGGUAAGAUCAUAUUUCUAUUUUUCCAAUUAUAAGUCAUUGCACCAUAAAUGUAUAGAUCAGGUCUUUCAGAGGCAUGGUUUAUUAACAUGCCAGUGUUGCAGUGGUCUAGUCAGUGGACAUCAUUUACAAAUGUAUUGGCCUUGAACGUUCGGGGUUGCAAAAGCUAGCAAGGAAUAACUAAUGUAAUUCAAUUUGAGAGCCAAAUAGUAGGCACCCAGAUAUAAACCGUUUACUUGCAUGCCUCAUUUAAUCAGCUAUUGUAAUCCAUACCAAUAGAUGCAAUCAACUCAAAAGAAAAAACACUGCUAUGCUCCAAUCUAGCAUUACAUCACUGACUGCCUUUUAUUUACCAUGCCCACUUGUAACAGGUUAACAGAUACAUUGAAGGGAGAUGAAUUUCUUAAAGAAGCAAUGUGCCGGAAGCAUAAGACAAUAACUGCAUCAUUUUCCCAAAAACCAGAAAAUGGCUAUUGCUGAAACAUUAACUUUUUUUUUUUUUUAAGUGAUUUUUUUUACAAGUGCUCUUUAAUGACAUGAUGAACCACACAGAGCAAUGGUGGGUGAGAAUUUAAUGUGCAGAAAAAAAACGUCUAAUCAAAAAGUCCAUUAUCUACAAAAUGAAAAGAAAAUACAAACCAUUACAGUUAACUGUGCUGUUUCUCUCUCUCCCCCCUCCCCUCCUUUUCUUUUUUUAAUUUCCCUCAGCAGCAAAGCGAGAUUU